AGGAGCUCACCCAUGUUCCCCUGGUUCACCUGGCUGACAGCAGCCGUUCCUCUGCUACUGCCCUGGCUGGUCAGGGAUAGGGUAGGGAUGGUUCAGGCAACUGUGUGUUCACGGUGGGACCGUUCGGUUGGUCUGGAUGACCGUGGUCUCUCUCAGGAAGGUGACGUGGUGAUCGGGGGUCUCAUCCCCUUCCAUAACCUCCCCCCUGCUUCAGACCUGAGCUUCAGCCAACCCCCUGACCUGCAGUCCUGUGUCAAGUAAGUUCCUUUGUUUAUUUCUGUUCUCUAACUUCUUUAUCGCACUUUGCCUUUUCUUGCAUCUUCCUUUUCAAAGUUGAAGUGAGAUUUUAUCUUUGUUUAUUCUUUUGAUAUAAGUAACUUUUAUUUUAUUUUGUAACAGCAUUUCAUUUUAGCAGGGCACUUUUCUUUAUUUAUUUCAAAAGUCUUAUUUUUAUUUCAUGUAAGAUUUGAUCUAAAUGUUGUUGUCUCUUCGGAAGAUCUGUGAGGUACUGGAAUGGAAAAUGGAACAUUUGUCUUUUGCUUUUUACACAGAAUCAUAGUCACUUCAAAAUGAAAUGUUAAUCGCUUUGCAGACUAUUUCAAAUCUGAUGUUAACAAAUUGUCUGCAAAACAAUGAACAUUUAAUUUCAAUCUUUGCUUUUGUCUAACUUCUCUCCUCUAUUCUAAUGUGUGUCAUCUUAGAGAGAGAGACUGACUUCUCUCCUCUAUUCUAAUGUGUGUCAUCUCAGAGAGAGACUGAGUUCUCUCCUCAAUUCUAAUGUGUGUCAUCUCAGAGAGAGAGAGAGACUGACUUCUCUCCUCAAUUCUAAUGUGUGUCAUCUCAGAGAGAGAGACUGACUUCUCUCCUCAAUUCUAAUGUGUGUCAUCUCAGAGAGAGAGACUGACUUCUCUCCUCAAUUCUAAUGUGUGUCAUCUCAGAGAGAGAGAGACUGACUUCUCUCCUCAAUUCUAAUGUGUGUCAUCUCAGAGAGAGAGACUGACUUCUCUCCUCAAUUCUAAUGUGCGUCAUCUCAGAGAGAGAGACUGACUUCUCUCCUCAAUUCGAGUGUGUGUCAUCUCAGAGAGAGAGACUGACUUCUCUCCUCAAUUCUAAUGUGUGUCAUCUCAGAGAGAGAGACUGACUUCUCUCCUCAAUUCUAAUGUGUGUCAUCUCAGAGAGAGAGAGACUGACUUCUCUCCUCAAUUCUGAUGUGUGUCAUCUCAGAGAGAGACUGACUUCUCUCCUCAAUUCUAAUGUGUGUCAUCUCAGAGAGAGAGACUGACUUCUCUCCUCAAUUCUAAUGUGCGUCAUCUCAGAGAGAGAGACUGACUUCUCUCCUCAAUUCGAGUGUGAUGUCAUCUCAGAGAGAGAGACUGACUUCUCUCCUCAAUUCUAAUGUCAUCUCAGAGAGAAGAGAGAGACUGACCUGCCUCUCCUCAAUUCUAUGUGUGUAUCUCAGAGAGCAGACUGACUUUCCUCAAAUUUAAUGUGUCAAUCGGAGAGAACGACUUUUCUCAAUUCUAAUGUCAUCUCAAGAGGAGUGACUUUCUCCUCAAUUCUAAUGUCAUCUCAGAGAGAAGACUGACUUCUCUCCUCAAUUCUAUGUCAUUCAGAGAGAGUACUGACUUUCCUCAUUCUAAUGUCAUUUCAGAGAGAACUGACUUCAUCCUCAUUCUAAUGUUCACUCAGAGAAGUGACUGACCUCUCUCCUCAUUCUAAUGUCUCUAGACAGACUACUUCUCUCCUAAUUCUAAUGUCAUCUCAGAAAGAGACUGACCUCUCUCUCAAUUCUAAUUCAUCUCAGACAGACUGACUCUCUCCUCAAUUCUUAAUGUCAUCUCAGAGAGAGAGACUGACCUCUCUCCUCAAUUCUAAUGUCAUCUCAGAGAGAGAGACUGACUUCUCUCCUCAAUUCUAAUGUCAUCUCAGAGAGAGAGACUGACUUCUCUCCUCAAUUCUAAUGUCAUCUCAGAGAGAGAGACUGACUUCUCUCCUCAAUUCUAAUGUCAUCUCAGAGAGAGAGACUGACUUCUCUCCUCAAUUCUAAUGUCAUCUCAGAGAGAGAGACUGACUUCUCUCCUCAAUUCUAAUGUCAUCUCAGAGAGAGAGACUGCAUUUUCCUGUUGUGUAGCACAAUGAGGCACGGCAUAUUUAUUGUAAAUGUAAACAUUUAAAUAAUCUUGCUGUCAUAGAUUGUGGUAUUUUCUCAUCUGUAACUUGAUUCUAAUUCUAGACGGAUAAGAUUGAUGUUCAGUAUGAAAUCAUUGUUUUAGAGAUGUUUGUUAUGUUGUUUUCUCCUCACAAUCAAUUACAUUCAUCUGAUUACAGGGUUACAUCAUGAAUGUUGCUCUCUCUCUCUCUCUCUUUCUCUGUCUCUAUCUAUCUAUCUAUAUAUCUAUCUAUCUAUCUCUCUCUCUCUCUUUCUCUGUCUCUAUCUAUCUAUCUGUCUGUCUGUCUGUCUGUCUGUCUGUCUGUCUGUCUGUCUGUCUGUCUGUCUGUCUGUCUGUCUGUCUGUCUGUCUGUCUGUCUGUCUGUCUCUGUCUCUCUCUCUCUCUCUGUCUCUGUCUCUGUCUCUCUCUCUCUAUCUCUAUCUCUAUCUCUAUCUCUCUUUCUCUCUCUCUUUCUCUCUCUCCUGUCUCAUGUUUUCCUCCUCAUCUCACAUCCCUGCUCUCAGUCUCCAAGAGGAACCAUUGAGAUGGGCACAUGCGCUGGUGUUUGCAGUGGACGAGAUUAACCGUAACCCCUUCCUGCUGCCGGGGGUCCGGUUGGGCUACCGUAUCCUGGACAGCUGUAAUCAGCACCCCUGGAGCCUGCGAGGGGCACUGGCCAUGGUGUCAGGGGGGAACAUCAGCUGUGAAACUACAGAGCUUUCUAACCUCAAAUGUGAUUUUAACCACAACCUAAUCUAAACCUUUACCUAAAAUGAAAAUGUCUUGGAAGUUUAUUUGACAAAUAGCCACUAAUAUUGAGGAGAUCCUACACUAAAUGAAUAGCAAAUAGCUCAUGUACUUGCUAUCAUGUAGUUUUGAUUAUACAACCAUGUUAUGUGUAUUCUGUCCUGUCCAGCAUGGCCAUCUAGUGUCUCCCCUGUUCCUCUGGUCAUUGGUGAUGCAUCGUCCACUCAGGCCAUCAUCCUGGCCAGGACCCUGGGGCCGCUGUCUGUGCCUGUGGUUAGUCUCUCUCCACACAACCAGGAAAUGCAGUGGCUAGAAACAUUGCUGUAAUACUUUAAUUCAUCAUAUUUACUGAGACAUUAUAUUAGGGUAUUUAGUACUUCAUAAAAAAAAGUAUUGACGUCAUUGGGUCCUCAGUCUCUCUCUCAAUAACCAGGUAAUACACUGAAUGUACAAAACGUUAGAAACACCUGCUCUUCAAUGACAUACAGUGAGGGAAAAAAGUAUUUGAUCCCCUGCUGAUUUUGUAUGUUUGCCCACUGACAAAGAAAUGGCAAUCACAGAGGUCAGGCGUUUCUUGUAGUUGGCCACCAGGUUUGCACACAUCUCAGGAGGGAUUUUGUCCCACUCCUCUUUGCAGAACUUCUCCAAGUCAUUAAGGUUUAGAGGCUGAUGUUUGGCAACUCGAACCUUCAGCUCCCUCCACAGAUUUUCUAUGGGAUUAAGGUCUGGAGACUGGUUAGGCCACUCCAGGACCUUAAUGUGCUUCUUCUUGAGCCACUCCUUUGUUACCUUGGCCGUGUGUUUUGGGUCAUUGUCAUGCUGGAAUACCCAUCCACAACCCAUUUUCAAUGCCCUGGCUGAGGGAAGGAGGUUCUCACCCAAGAUUUGACGGUACAUGGCCCCGUCCAUCGUCCCUUUGAUGCAGUGAAGUUGUCAUGUCCCCUUAGCAGAAAAACAACCCCAAGGCAUAAUGUUUCCACCUCCAUGUUUGACGGUGGGGAUGGUGUUCUUGGGGUCAUAGGUAGCAUUCCUCCUCCUCCAAACACGGCGAGUUGAGUUGAUGCCAAAGAGCUCCAUUUUGGUCUCAUCUGACCACAACACUUUCACCCAGUUCUCCUCUGAAUCAUUCAGAUGUUCAUUGGCAAACUUCAGACGGGCAUGUAUAUGUGCUUUCUUGAGCAGGGGGACCUUGCGAGCACUGCAGGAUUUCAGUCCUUCACGGCGUAGUGUGUUACCAAUUGUUUUCUUGGUGACUAUGGUCCCAGCUGCCUUGAGAUCAUUGACAAGAUCCUCCCAUGUAGUUCUGGGCUGAUUCCUCACCGUUCUCAUGAUCAUUGCAAAUCCACGAGGUGAGAUCUUGCAUGGAGCCCCAGGCCGAGGGAGAUUGACAGUUAUUUUGUGUUUCUUCCAUUUGCGAAUAAUCGCACCAACUGUUGUCACCUUCUCACUAAGCUGCUUGGCGAUGGUCUUGUAGCCCAUUCCAGCCUUGUGUAGGUCUACAAUCUUGUCCCUGACAUCCUUGGAGAGCUCUUUGGUCUUGGCCAUGGUGGAGAGUUUGGAAUCUGAUUGAUUGAUUGCUUCUGUGGACAGGUGUCUUUUAUACAGGUAACAAGCUGAGAUUAGGAGCACUCCCUUUAAGAGUGUGCUCCUAAUCUCAGCUUGUUACCUGUAUAAAAGACACCUGGGAGCCAGAAAUCUUUCUGAUUGAGAGGGGGUCAAAUACUUAUUUCCCUCAUUAAAAUGCAAAUCAAUUUAUAGCAUUUUUGACAUGCGUUUUUCUGGAUUUUUUUGUUGUUAUUCUGUCUCUCACUGUUCAAAUAAACCUACCAUUAAUAUUAUAGACUGAUCAUGUCUUUGUCAGUGGGCAAACUUACAAAAUCAGCAGGGGAUCAAAUACUUUUUUCCCUCACUGUAGACUGACCAGGUGAAUCCAAGUGAAAGCUAAGAUCCCUUCUUGAUGUCACUUGUUAAAUCCACUUCAAUCAGUGUAGAUGAAGGGGAGGAGACAGGUUAAAUAAUUCUUUUGAAGCCUUGAGACAAUUGAGACAUGGAUUGUGUAUGUGUGCCAUUCAGAGGGUGAAUGGUCAAGACAAAAUAUUUAAGUGCCUUUGAACGAGAUAUGGUAGUAGGUGCCAGGCGCACCGGUUUGUGUCAAGAACUGCAACGCUGCUGGGUUUUUCACACUCAACAGUUUCCCGUGUGUAUCAAGAAUGAUCCACCACCCAAAGGACAUCCAGCCAACUUGACACAACUGUGGGAAGCAUUGGAAUCAACCUGGGCCAGCAUCCCUGUGGAACGCUUUCGACACCUUAUAGAGUCCAUGCCCUGACGAAUUGAGGCUGUUUUGAGGGCAAUAGGGGGUGCAACUCAAGGUGUUCCUAAUGUUUUGUACAUUCAGCUAGAAAGAUUGCCAUAAUGCUUUAAUUAAUUAUAAUUCAUCUGGUCUGGUAUUUAGUGAGAAAUGAUUGAUUUAAUGGUGUUGUCCUCAGAUCAGUUACCAGGCCAGCUGUGCCUGUCUCAGUGACAGACAGGAGUUCCCUAACUUCUUCAGGACCAUCCCCAGUGAUGUCUACCAGGCCCUCACCAUGGCCCGGCUCACCUGGCUCUUCGGAUGGACCUGGGUCGGGGCUAUCGCUGCAGACAAUGACUACGGUCGUCUUGCCAUACAGGUGUUUCUUUAUUUCAAUUUUGGAUAUUUUGACUUUAUAAAUUCUUGCUCAGUUUACAGAAAAAUAAAUGCAGAAUUGAAUUUACAUAAUAAAAUAAUUGCAUCAAACUGAAUUUUGUUUAUUUAUAUUAUUUCUAAUACUGGAUACUUUUUUUUUUACUUCUACAUCAGACGAACUCCUGAACUCCUGAGUGGCGCAGUGGUCUAAGGCACUGCAUCGCAGUGCUAACUGUGCCACUAGAGAUCCUGGUUCGAAUCCAGGCUCUGUCGUAGCCGGCCGCGACCGGGAGACCCAUGGGGCGGCGCACAAUUGGCCCAGCGUCGUCCAGGGUAGGGGAGGGAAUGGCCGGCAGGGAUGUAGCUCAGUUGAUAGAGCAUGGCGUUUGCAACGCCAGGGUUGUGGGUUCGAUUCCCACGGGGGGCCAGUAUAAAAAAAAUAUGUAUUCACUAACUGUAAGUCGCUCUGGAUAAGAGCGUCUGCUAAAUGACUAAAAUGUAAAUGUAAUAUUUUGACCAUGUGCUUCAUAUUUGAUCCCCAGGUGUUUGAGGAGGCGGUUCGGGGGACGGGGGUGUGCCUGGCGUUCUUUGAGACCCUCAACCGGGCGAACCUGGUGAGGGAUGUGGAGCGAGCAGUUGACACGGUCCAGGCCUCGACAGCACGAGUGAUCCUGGUCUUCCUCUGGUACACUGACAUGGGGGCGUUACUCCUGGAGCUGGGGAGGAGAAACGUGACGGACAGGCAGUUCCUAGCCAGUGAGGCAUGGAGCACCAGCGGACAACUCCUACGAAACCCCGCCCUAUUUAACGUUGCUCAGGGCAUUGUCGGUGUGGCUAUCCGCAGUGCACCUAUUCCUGGCUUUGAGGCCCACCUUCGAAGUCUCCACCCCUCUCGUCGUCCCGGAGAUGUCCUAUUGAAGGAACUCUGGGAAACUGAGUUUGGGUGUAGCCCUGGAGCAGCAGAUGCACACGGCACGUCUCUGCUCCCCUCUCCCCUUCCUCCAACCCCCUCUGUGUCAAUAUCACACAUCCCUCCUCCCACCUCCAGUUCCCCCCGUCCACGCCUGGCCUCCUGCAGUGGGGCAGAGACUAUGGAGGGUGUGCAAAGCCCCUUCACAGACACCUCCCAGCUGAGAAUAACCUAUAACGUGUACCUGGCUGUGUAUGCUGCAGCCCACGCCCUCCACAGCCUGCUGUCCUGCCCCCAGAGAGACAGCCCUACCUGGGGCAGCAGCGUCACCUGCUCCCCUCCUCACAACAUCAGCCCAGCGGAGGUACACUCAUCUUUUGCGCCUAUUAAUUAGAGAUGAUUUGCAAACACUUAAAUCAGUCAGGGGGGAAAUUGCUCAUGUCAAUAUAACCUUUUUUGUUAUUCAAUAUCAUUAAAUAUUCAUGUCCACUUAAUAGUUGCUAUGGGGAUAUGUUUUCAGUUAUUAUAUCAUAUUAACAGUGUAAUGGUCAUGGUCAUGUUUGUGUCUCCUUUCCUCCAAGUUGUUGCAGCACCUGAACCUGGUUAACUUCACCACUCCACUUGGGGAGCCGUUCUACUUCCGGGGCGCGGACGUCCCUGCUAUGUACGACCUUGUGAACUGGCAGGCCACACCCCAGGGGUUGCUCAAACUUGUCACGAUUGGCCGAGUAGAUGGGUCCAAUCUCCUCAUCAACCAAUCAGCCAUCCAGUGGAACACAGGAUCUAAUAUGGUAAGAAAGACAAUUUUAAAACAUGAACUGAAUGGUUUUUUGUUCAAUUGAAAUUCAUUUCAUCGCAUGUACAGGUGCCUGUGUCAGUGUGCAGUGACAGCUGUCCCCCAGGCACCCGUGUAGCCAGGAGGAAGGGGGAGCCUGUCUGCUGCUUCGACUGCAUCCCCUGUGCUGAGGGGGAGGUCAGCAACACCACAGGUCAGUGAACUGUGAUGUGGGAGAAUAAUAUCAUUUAAAAUAUCAUUGGUCUCGUGCCUUCUCACAUCGCUGAGGUUUGUGGUAAUUCCCACAGUCUGUUGUGUGUUAAUGCUUACUUAAGACUUAUUAGACUGAAUAAGUAAUUAUGCUUUUCAAACAUUAUAGUAAUGAGUUCAAUCUCCCAGGCUCUCUGAUAUGUGACCGCUGUCCUCUGGAGUUCUGGUCCAACAGCCAUCGGACUGCCUGCAUCCCUCGUCAGCUCGAGUUCCUCUCCUUCAACGAUAUCAUGGGCAUCACCCUGACCACUGUUGCCGUGUGUGGCGCUGUGGCAACAACGGCUGUGUUUCUGUUCUUUGUUUACCACCGCCACACCCCUCUGGUAAGAGCUUUAAUAAAGUGUUAAAUCGGGUAUGGGAUAAAAUGGAAAAUUCUUCUAUUGUACCAUGUAUGUGUAACCCUUUCAGGUGCGGGCCAACAACUCAGAGCUGAGUUUCCUACUUCUCAUGUCGCUCAAGCUCUGCUUCCUGUGUUCGUUGGUGUUCAUUGGGCGUCCCUCUGUGUGGGCGUGUCGGAUCCGCCAGGCGGCGUUUGGGGUCAUCUUCGUGCUCUGCCUCUCCUGCCUCCUGGUCAAGACCAUCGUUGUUCUGGCUGUGUUCCGCUCAGCCAGGCCCGGUGCUGGGCAGCUGAUGAGGUGGUUUGGACCCAGUCAGCAGAGAGGGAGUGUCUUCCUCUUUACCAGUGUUCAGGUGAGAGCUUUAACAUUGAAAUAACUUCAAGUCACGUAACUAAAUUAAUCAGUCAUUUAUAAGAUGAGUAAAUUGUGUUUGUAAUUGUGUUUGUAAACACAGGUGAUCAUCUGUGCCGUGUGGCUGUCCGUGAGCCCUCCCCUGCCUUACCGUGACCUAGGCCUCAAGGGGUCAAAGGUCAUCCUGGAGUGUGAGGUGGGCUCUGUGGUCGGCUUCUCUCUGGUGCUGGGCUACAUCGGCCUGCUGGCCUCUAUCUGUCUCCUCUUAGCCUUCCUGGCCAGGAAACUCCCAGACAACUUCAACGAGGCCAAGUUCAUCACCUUCAGCAUGCUGAUCUUCUGUGCCGUGUGGAUCUCCUUCGUCCCAGCCUACGUCAGCUCUCCUGGGAAGUACGCAGAUGCUGUGGAGAUAUUCGCCAUCUUAGCUUCCAGCUUUGGGCUGCUGUUCUGUCUGUUUGCUCCAAAAUGUUUCAUCAUCCUCCUAAGACCAGAGAGAAACACCAAGAAACACAUGAUGGCCAAAUAGAAACCACCAAGAAACACAUGAUGUCCUAAUAUAUUAUUCAUUGUGUUUAGUUGAUCACACCAUCUCACUAACUUGUUGUAUGGUAAAAAUAAUGACAUGAUACAUUGUAUAAUACUUAUAAGCAAGUUACAUACUUUACAGACAAUACCAAAACAAGUUGAUGGACACAAAUUAACAGCACUUUCCUACCAUGCUAGUAGUGUCUGUUUCUAAUGAUUCAACAGUGAGUCAACAGUGAUUCAACAGUGAGUCAACAGUGAAUCAACAGUGAGUCACCACUUAGUACGUCUUCAUCUGAAUCACUACGUGACUUUUCUUUACCAUCAUCAAUAGACUUUAAUGACAUCCAUUUCUCCCCUGAAAAUCAGUUAUGAAAACACAUACGCCAAUCAAUUAAAUUAGAUAUGCUUAAUGAAAAAUGUUGUUCAUUCCUUUCACAUUUUAUGAGGUGUGUAAUUCUCUUUUCCCAUAUGACACAGUUUCUGGAUAUUUUAAUAAAAUACAUUUGUCAAUUUCAACAGUUCAAUAAAAACACAUUCAAGCAGCUCCUUUCAAGUCAGAAUGUUUUAUUAAUUGAAAAAUUGCAUUAAUGAAUCAUUUAUUCAUGGGUGAAUGAGUGUGGGAGCAGAAUCCUUUAGAAGGAACAGGGAUGUUAUGCUGUUUUAUGACACACGUUGUGAUGAUUCAAUCAAAAGCCUUUAUAUAAAGAAAACCACUCAUCAGAGAUAACCUAUCCCCUAGAAGAUUAAAGCCACAAACAUAGACAGAUGAAAUCAAUCAAAAGCCCAAAGAGAUAAAUCAUGUAUUAUCUGAUUCAUAUUUAAUUACAGAACAUCAUAAUUAUAAUCGAUAGCAGGCUACUACACAUCACUAGGGUACUAACAAAACCAUAACAUAUUUUUGUUGCCAUGGCAACUAAAAUGAGCUAUUUGAGACCAUCAUCCUCUGUUACUAUACUUUCUCCUUUCCUUUAUCUUGUCUCCUUUCCUUUAUCUUGUCUCCUUUCCUUUAUCUUGUCUCCUUUCCUUUAUCUUAUCUCCUUUCCUUUAUUUGUAUUGAAAGAGUGACAAGCAGAUCCCUAGCAGGCAUAGUACUUCCACCUAGUGUUCAUAUUUCAGAUCAGUGCAGAGGAUAUAAAGGAGUCAAGGAGAGGAAUCCGCUGUAGACUAUUGGUAUGGUAUUGAACCUAUGGGAGAAACUCCAUUUAAUUUCAGUGAUUCCUCGCGUCCUCUCUCCUCGGUCUCCUUCUCAAAACCCAUUCAAUGAGAAGGUUAGUUAUCCAACCUCCUCUGACCUUCUCAGGUUUUGAGAAGAAGGCAAGGAAAGAGGACGCAAGGAAUCAAGGAAAUGAAAUGAAGAUUCUCCCUAUGUCUUGGUUGUGGCCCGGCCCAUUAGAGACUUCUUGGUGUUCCUCUCAGGCCUCAGCAGGAUGAUGUAACACUUUGGGCCGAACAGUGCUACCAGGAGGCCAAAGCUGGAAGCUAAGAUGGCGAAUAUCUCCACAGCGUCUGCGUACUUCCCAGGAGAGCUGACGUAGGCUGGGACGAAGGAGAUCCACACGGCACAGAAGAUCAGCAUGCUGAAGGUGAUGAACUUGGCCUCGUUGAAGUUGUCUGGAAGAUUCCUGGCCAGAAAAGCCAAGAGGAAGCUGAGGAUCGCCAGUAGGCCGAUGUAGCCUAGCAACGCUCCGAACCCUGCAACCGACCCCACCACACACUCAUAUACAAUCUUAUCUUUUUGGUAGCGCGUGUUUUUGUGUGGAGUUGGAGAGGCUGAGACCAGCCAGGCUGUGCAGAUAGCGGCCUGGAAUGAGGUGAGAACCAGAACUGUUCCUCUCUGCUGCCCAGCACCAAACCACUUCAGGCUGGCCUCGCCCCCGGGCUUAGAGGUCCUGAACACAGCCAGCACCACCAUGGUCUUCACCAGUAUACAGGAGACACAGAGAACAAAGCUGAUACCAAACGCUGCAUGCCUCAGCUGGCACGUCCACAGCCGGGGCCGACCAAUGAACAGCAGCGAGCACAGGAAGCAGAGUUUGAGUGACAGCAGAAGCAGGAAGCUUAGCUCAGAGUUAUUGGCCUUGACAACAGGCGUGUUCCGGUAACGGGCGAAGAUUCCAAGGACCACUGUACAGAUGAGGGCUCCUAGCAAUGAGGCGGUUGUCAAGGAGAUGCCCAGGGGUUCCUGGUAGGAGAGGAACUCAACCCCUUUAGGGAUGCAGAGGUCACGCCCCGGGCUGGACCAGAAGUCCUCUGGACACCUCGAGCACUCGGCCGAGUCUGACAGAAAGACAGACAAUGAAAAUGUGGAAAACCUUUUCUACAGCCCCAGGCUACCCUCCAAUUGUUUAAAUUAUAUUCAGUUCACUGACCUGUGGUGUUGCUGACCUCCCCCUCAGCACAGGGGAUGCAGUCGAAGCAGCAGACAGGCUCCCCCUUCCUCCUGGCUACACGGGUGCCUGGGGGACAGCUCUCACUGCACACUGAUCGAGGGGGCUAUAAGGACGAAGGUGAGGGGGAAUUAUAAUUUCAGACUUUUAUACACCCAUAUUUAUACACCCAUAUUUAUACACCCAUAUUUUGACACCCAUAUCUAAUGCUUCUUUGCCCUCCACUGGUAUAAGUUUACACUGUUGCUGUUGCAGUAGUGAAAUAUGCUAUAUAACUACAUAACUUUACAAAUAACCUUUUUUGACUCAAAGUUCCAGAAAAUUCUGUCCUCGUCCAGUGUGAGCUCUUGUCCUGCGGGUGCUGAUUCGUCGACCACACCCACAUUCUCCACCUGCACGCUCCCGUCCUGGAGCCACACCCAGUUCAUGAUGUCAUAGAUGGCCAGGGCGUCCCCGUUGUCAUCGAAAGAAAUGCGAUCGCCAAACCCUGUGGUGAAAUUAACCCUCUCCAGGUAAUGGACCAGCUGGCCAGAGGAGGGGGAUGGAGGAAUGGAGGGAAGAGAAGGAGAGGAUGUUGAGAAAUACAGUAUGUAGUCAGGGGACCUUGACUAAGAAAACAGUAAACAGAAGACAAAGUGUAGGUCUGCACGUGUGCAUGUAUCCCACCUGCCAGGGCUCCAGUCUCUGUAGGCUGGCACAGCGGUGCCCACUGAAAGGUCCUCUCCCUGGCACACACUGCAGUAGGUCAUGCAGGGCAUGGGCCAGGGCGUACACUGCCUUAUACACGUUAUACUCCGGCCUGAGCUCAGACACGUCCCCAUAGUUGGUCUCCACAUCCCUCAGGUCCUCCUGUCCUGUACACACACUACCCCCAGCCUCCACCCACCCUGCCGGGGGCUCCAACCUGCACUCAAACACAGCCUCCCAGAACUGUCUCACCUUACCAGAACAGAGAAGGAAAUGUUAUUACAUGUUAGUCAUUUAGCAGACGCUCUUAUCCAGAGCGACUUACAGUUAGUGAGUGCAUACAUGUUAUUUUUUUUUUUUGGGGGGGGGGGGGUUUCAUACUGGCCCCCCGUGGGAAUCGAACCCACAACCCUGGCGUUGCAAGCGCCAUGCUCUACCAACUGAGCUUCCUCUCCAGUAGAGGAAUAACAAAUAAUAACCUGUAUUGUGGUAUUUAUAAGCAGUAGCCUUUAAAAUAUUUUAAACAUAAUGUAUAAAGUGUUUAAAUAAACGGUUGGAGUUAAAAGACUAAAAAACUACCUCACCAUGCUGUUUCCAUGGUUACUGGCAGGUUGGUCGUCGGGGUGGAUGCUAAGCAGGUAGUCCCUGAGGCCGGGUAUCUCUCCACGACGGAUAGCGAUACCCAGGGUACCCCCCAGGUAGGGCAUGAGACGGGGGGUGUUUAACACUGAGGAGGUGGUCCAGGCUUCACUGGCGAUCCACUGGAGACCCAUCACAUUCUGCACGACCACCUUGUAAAAUGGGUUUUAUAUUUUAUAUAAUGUUGGCAUCAAGCACGCCACAAUGGUAACAUGUUACAACACUUUCAUGCACUGUUAUUUGUUAGCCUGUGCGAGAGGGGAAACAUCCUACAUCUGUUAUGGCUGUAAUUAUGGCUGUAAUUAUGGCUGUAAUUAUGGCUGUAAUUAUGGCUGUAAUUAUGGCUGUAAAAUGUAUUUGCUGAUAGCUACUUUAUUGAGGAAAAAUGUACUUACUAUGACUGUGACAUGUCAUUGUCCCCCCUAGCUGUCUUAAGAUGGAUGCACUAAUUGCCCAGGGCCAACCAUACGUAAAAUAUAUGCACACAUCACUGACUGUAAGUCGCUUCGGAUAAAAUCAUCUGCUAAAUGGCAUAUAUUAUUAUUAUUAUUAUUAUUAUUAACUGUAAAUUGUUCUGGAUUAGAGCGUCUGAAACUAAAAUGUGAAGGUAUUGUAUGUGUCCUUUUAGAUCUUCAACUAAAGUCAAUGUAAAGCAUCUCUGAACCUCGUCCACUAGAGGGAGCAGGUAGGCCUCGUUGGAAAACACCACCACCACGCGAGCAGAGGAGCGCUUGAUCUCUCCCACGAUCCUCUGCAGCUCUGUGGGGCGGUUGUCCCUGGGCAGCACCUGGGAAUAUGCCACACAGCCCCCUGUCUGGGCCAGGUCUGAGUGGAAGGACCGGGCAGCGUGAACUCCAUAGUCAUCAUCACUGAACACCAGGCCCACCCAGGUCCAGCCCAACCGACGUAGGAUCUGGAUCAUGGCUCGCACCUGGGAUCACAUCAACAGGGAUUAGACAUUACUGAUGUUACUACAGAUACUGGAGAGUAUAGAGAGAUCAACAUAAAUUACAUGCAUUAUUUUUAUUUAACCUUUUAUUUAACCUUUUAUUUAACCUUUUAUUUAACCUUUUAUUUAACCAUAUUUAACUUUUUCUAUAUUUAACCUUUUAUUUAACUGUAAUGCCGUUACAGAGUAUAGAGAAUAUAGCGAGUAUACAUGGGAGAUGACGGUUCACUGUCUAAUCAGGUCAUUAUAGCCUUAUUCUUAGGGACGGACCUGAAAGGCAUCGCUGGGGAUGGUUCUGAAGAAGGAUGGGUACUUGCUCCGGUCGCUCAGACAGGAACAUGUGGCGUAGUGACUCACCUGAGGGAGUGAAAUAUACAAUUAUAUAUAUUUUUUUAUUCUUCAAUGAAUUAAUGAAAUAGAAAGGUUUUAUACCUAGACACAUUUAAGACCUAAACAUGCUGUUUCUCUCUCUAAGUGUGGUUUUGGAAUACAAGGACAUUUCCAAUAAUGUUGUCAUCUUUCUAUUCUUUCUGAUUUACCAUGGGUACCCGGAACAGCCCUAGGACACUGGAGAUGGCGAUGGAGUGAGUGGACCCUGGGUCUCCCACAAUCCCUAGCACCGGGGGUGACCCAGAACAAGUCUCAUCCAAUAGGAACUCUUCCUCUGUCCCACUGGCCAAUGACAUGGCAGCACGGAACGAUACUCCCAGGGUCUGGCAGUUGUCGUAGAGCUGAUAUCCGAGGGUGAUGUUGGGCAGAAGGUCAGGGUUUCUGUUGAUCUCGUCUACAGCAAACGCCAUAGUCUGGGCCUGCAUGAAACCAAAACGGGCAAAACUGACAGAGAAAAGGAACAUUCAAUCAAUCUGUAAAUGUUUUAAAUUGCUCCAGAGCUGCUGAACCCUGUGCACCUCUUAAGGGGUGUGUGUGAGAGAGUAUUGUCUUAGGGGGUUGGGAGGAGAGCAAUUACUUUAGUCAAGGAUAGAUAAUAAAAUAGGUUUAUCUUAAAGGGAAAUUUGGUUAGAAAACAGGAAUCAUGAUUGAAAACAAUGGAAUACACACAAUUAAUUCACAGAUAUUUUGAGACCGCAAUGUACAAUAUCACCAAUGUAACAAGACCCCAGAAGCUCUCCAGGACCAGGGUUGGUUACCACUGAUCAAAUCAUCACGGGGCUUCUUAUAGUAUGAAUGUCUAUCUGUCCUUUAAGUGCAGACACACAUCCAGUCUAGUCCAGUCCAGUCUAGUCCAGUCCAGUCCAGCAGAUGAAUACUCACCCCUCACAGUGGAGCUGCUGUGGUUCUGAUGUGAAGGAUAGCUCAGGGAACACAGUGAAGUAGUGGACCUCAAACAGACCACCCAGAACCACGUCACCCUUCUGGUACAUCCCAUUCAGACUGAACUGCUCCCGCAGACGACAGGACGAGGAAGAGGACGAGGCAGAGGAGGAAGAUGAGGAAGAGGAGUAGGUCAAUGCUAGGCUCAGAGAUGAGGAGUUCAGUAUCAUGUUUAUAGAUAGGUACAGGUCAAUAUAUUGCCAGACCCUCAUAGCUGUCCUCUGUCUCUCCCCCUCUGUCGCUUCCUUACUCUCUCUCCCUCUCUUUUAUAGUGUCAACCUCUGUGGAGGUUUAGGACAACGUCAUUGUUUGAUCUUUCACAAGGGGAGGACCAAAGACAUGUCAUAAAUCAGGGCAGGGGGAGGGGUGGCGAGGGGGAGGGGAGGCAUGGGGGAGGAGACGGUGGGAGGGGGUCAGAUUUGCAGGUAGGAGACGUGAGUGUCAGAGAAAGAUGAUUCGUGACUUGUUGCCACAAGAAAAGGGCAACCAGUGAAGAACAAACACCAUUGUAAAUACAACCCAUUUUUAUGUUUAUUUAUGUAUAUGACAUUGCCUUUUGUACUUUAACUAUUUGCACAUCGUUAUAACACUGUACAUAGCCAUAAUAUGACAUUUAAAAUGUCUCUAUUCCUUUGAAACUUUUGUGAGUGUAAUGUUUACUGUUCAUUUUUGAUAAUUUCACUUUUGUUUAUUAUCGAUUUCACUUGGUUUGGCAAUGAAAACAUGUUUCCCAUGCCAAUAAAGCCCUUUGAAUUUAAAUGAAUUUAAAGAAAUAUUGCACACAUCCAAGCCAUUCCACCAUGUGUCCUGUAGGUGUCUGUCACACUGAUCUGUUUCUCUCUCUCUCUCUCUCUAUCCUCCUAUCUCUCUACUCUCCUCUCUGAGAGCCAGAAGAAGAGACACGAGGGCGAGGAGGCGCGAGAGAAGCGCGCUCGCGAGCGAAGAGAAGCGAGAAAAAGCGCCGCAGGUGAAAGCCCAGAGAGAAGAAGAGAACGAGCAGAGAGAGAAGAGAGAAGCGAGAGAGCUAGAGAGGGAGCGAGAGAGGAGCGAGAGAGAGAGAGAGAGACCCUCGAGACGAGAGCUAGAAGAGAGAGAGUCGAGCGAUCGCGCGAGCGCGCAGCAGAGCGAGAUAGUAGGGAGAGCGCUCGCGACCGUGCCAGUCGCGCUCAGACACAGCGAGAAUACUCGCUCCCUCUCCUCUCCCUCUCCCUCUCCCUCUCCCUCUCCUCUCCCUCUCCCUCUCCUCUCCCUCCUUUCUCUCUUCAUCCUACAUCUCCACAUACAGGGCAUACACCUGGUCACAGAGCCUCACAUAUCUCAGCUGAGCUCCUCUGUGGACACACACACACACAUGCAUCUGUCUGUCUGCCCCGUCUUCCUGUCACCCUAUCCCCUGACAACACACAGUCUGUCUGCCCCGUCUUCUUGUCACCCUAUCCCCUGACAACACACAGUCUGUCUGCACCGUCUUCCUGUCACCCUAUCCCCUGACAACACACAGUCUGUCUGCACCAUCUUCCUGCGACAGGACCAUCGUGGCGCUGGUCAAGACCAUCGUGGUGCUGAUCAAGGCCAUCGUGGUGCUGGUCAAGACCAUCGUGGUGCUGAUCAAGGCCAUCGUGGUGCUGGUCAAGACCAUUGUGCUGCUGGUCAAGACCAUUGUGCUGCUGCUGGCCUUCAGGACCACUGUACCAGGCUCCAGUGCCCUGAUGAAGCUGUUUGGACCUUCUUAGAAGAGGACACUGAUUCUCUGCACCACCGCCCCUCAGGUAGAGCUGUUGAACUCAUCAAACUGUAGUCCUACUACAUAACCUUUUGUAGACUGGCAUGAUGGCCUACCAUAUGAUGCUUAUUGUUCCACUACUUCCCCCAGGUGUGUCUCCACGGCUACCUCCAUCCCGUUCAGGAACUCUUCGUACCAGGGUCUGACCGGCAUGAUGGUGCUGGAGUGUAAGGAGCCUUGGACCCCAGGGUUCUAACUGGUACUGGGCUAUGUCAGCCUGAUGGCCUCUCUCUGUCUCCUCUUAGCCUUCCUGGCCAGGAAUCUUCCAGACAACUUCAACGAGGCCAAGUUCAUCACCUUCAGCAUGCUGAUCUUCUGUGCCGUGUGGAUCUCCUUCAUCCCAGCCUACGUCAGCUCUCCUGGGAAGUUCACCGAAGCUGUGGAGAUAUUUGCCAUCUUAGCCUCUAGUUUUGGACUGCUGCUGUGCAUCCUUGUCCCUAAAUUUUACAUCAUCUUACUGAGACCAGAGAGGAACACUAAGUAAGGGAUUAUGGAGAAACACCAGGCUGAGACCAGAGAGGAACCUAGUUGAGAUUUAGCGUUACAACAUAAGUAAAGUACAACUAAAUGUAAAGUGUUACUCAUAACCACUGUCAGCUACAGUCCCUACAUUGCACUAGAAUGCAACAACCAUUUGGCUUCUUGUACAGUGUGUGUCCUCAUUACUAAAUAAACUGUUGUAGUAGCUGAUGUUUGCAUGAGACGACUGCCCAUUCACUGUACACUGGGUUGAACUGUUUGCAAAGUGUGAUGAGGGUUGGUUGUAUGUGAUCUGUAAUUAUUAAAAUAUAAUGAAUAUCAAGAAUAAGCUAUCUAAUAAAUGUGGAUUGGGAGGCCAAGCAAGCCAUUGGCAAGACACAGAUGUAUCUGAACAUGUGUAUUGUAGUAUACUGUUAUAAUACAUCAUAUGAUGAAUUACAAUAGCAAUUGAACACAUGCACUUCAAUGUCAAAUCAAUUCAUAUAGGAAUAAAGGUUUUUACAAACAACAUGGAAGUGAUUCCACUCUGUAGGCUACUGCUAACCACAUCAUUUAGCUGGUCAAAUUAGGUUCAACACUAGAUAUAACCUCUAAUCUGUCAAAACAUUGGAAUAUCCAAAGUGACCCUGCGUCAUGUUUCUAGUUACCAAUGAUUACCUGCCAAAUUCUUGGUCAUCACUGUCAGAGUAGUGCUACCUAAACGUAUGUUAUACCAUAUAACUGAAUAUGUUUUCCCCUCAUGUAUUUCUUAAUAAUGUAUAUGAUUGGAUGUCUUCCCCAUAAGGUGUUUCUAGGUGUUCUUCUCUGGCCUGAACAUAAUAAUAAAGCAGGUAAUAAUAAAAAGAACCAACCAAAGCUAGAGGCGAUGAUAGCCAAUAUCUCCACAGCUACGGUGAACUUCCCAGGAGAGCUGACAUAAGCUGGGAUAAAGGUGAUCCAGACUGCACAGAAAAUGAGCAUGCUGAAGGUGAUGAAUUUGGCCUCAUUGAAGUUAUCAGGCAGCUUUCGAGCCAGAAAAGCCAGCACAAAGCACAAGAGAGCCAGGAGUCCUAUAUACCCCAACACAUCCCAGAAUGCCCCCACAGAGCCUAAGUCACACUCUAGAAUGACCCUUUCUUUGUAGGUAGUGAGGCUUUUAAUGGGGAGGGGACAGGACCAACCACAGAGUGCAUAUCAAAGCCUUGACAAACGUGAAGGACACUACAGUCAAUCUCUUGCUGUGGAAGCCCAAACCAUUUCAUGACAUUACUGCUUGGAAGUGUAGCCCUGAAGGCCAUCAACACCACUAUUGUUUUCCCCAGAACACAAGAGAUGCAGAGGACGAAGGUGAUCCCAAACGCUGUGUGGCGCAGCAUACAGGACCACUCAGAGGGCCGGCCAAUGAAAGUAAGAGAACACAGAAAACACAGAGUCAAGGAGAAGAGCAGCAGGAAGCUCAGCUCAGACGAUGGCCGACGUUCGGUGGCGGUAGAAGACAGUUACCGUGGAGAUGGCCAGACAGGCCCCGCCCACAGAGCAGGCUGUCAGGAUGAUUCUAAGGACCUUGUGGAAGGACAGGAACUCCACAGGCCUAAGACACUGUCACGGUUUCAGCCGAUGCUGCUCCUCCUCCUUGUUCGGGCAGGCUUCGGCGGUCGUCGUCCCCGGAGUACUAGCUGCCACCGUUCGAUGUUUCAUGUUUGUUUGGUUUUGUCUGUUUGUACACCUGUCCCUUGUUAGUGUUUGAUUUGGUUGCCUAUUUAGUUUUCGUGUGUGGUGGCAGGUGUUAUGUGGUAUUGUUUAUUGUCAAGCUGUUGCUCUUUUUGUAUUACUCUCGUGUUUGUUGUUUUCCGAGAGUCCGCACUGUGUGCGCUAUCUUCAUUUUACGCACUGUGUGUGUUGUGCGUAAUUUGUAUUUUGCCUCCCGGUUGGGUUGGCUGUUCGCCUGUUUGGUGCUGCAUUUUGUUAACUAAAGUCUGUUGACGAACGCCCGUGUUUCCUGCGCUUGAUUUCCUCACCGCAUCUACACUCAGCUACUGACAGAAUACCACAUCACAUCAUGGAGUCAGCAGGAGCACCCGCGCCGACAGAGGUCAUGGAGGACCGUCUUCGUGGACAGGAGGACCGGAUUAACCAGAUCGGUCACGCCUUGGAUCGGGUGAUGAACACUCUCCACCGAUGGGAAAGCAGCGGGGUACCCACGCCCCCACCUACCGGACCAUCCCCAUCAGUCAGUCCUCCUGUCCACAUUCCGGAACCCAGUGGGAUUCGGCUCUCGCUCCCGAGGGCGUACGACGGCUCCGCUGCCGGGUGUCAAGGGUUCCUGCUACAGGUGGAGCUCUACCUCGCCACCGUACACCCGGCGCCCUCGGGACACGAGAGCGUCUCCGCCCUCAUCUCCUGUCUCACCGGCAAGGCGUUGGAGUGGGCCAACGCCGAAUGGAGGAGAAUGGACGCCGCUACCAUCACCUAUGCGGAGUUCUCCCGCCGCUUCCGGGCCGUGUUCGACCAUCCACCAGAAGGGAAGGCGGCGGGGGAGCGUCUGUUCUUCCUCCGACAGGGGAUGAGGAGCGCACAGGAUUUUGCCCUGGAGUUCCGGACUCUAGCGGCAGAUGCAGGGUGGAAUGAGCGGGCCCUCAUAGACCACGUCCGUUGUAGCCUCCGGGAGGACGUCCAAAGAGAGUUGGCGUGCAGGGAUACCAUGUUGACAUUUGACCAACUAGUCGACAUGGCCAUUCGGUUGGACACCCUGCUCGCCACCCGUGGACGUCCCGGAUGGGGGUCGCCCAUUUCACCCUCCAGCACCUCUGAGCCGAGCCCUAUGCAGCUCGGAGGUGCUGGCGCUAGAGAAAGGAGGAGUAGGAACCCGAGGGGGGCCGUCCCCUGCACCAACUGUGGCCGUGGAGGGCACACCGCGGCUAGGUGUUGGGGAAGGUCCCCCGGUGGAGGUGAAGGCAAGCCACGCAUUGGGGAGUCCUCCCAGGUGAGUAGGCGCCCUACUUACCCAGAGCUUUCUGUCGUUCACAUAACCUUGCCUGUUUGUUUUCCACAGGUAGCACCUCGUUCCCAGCAUAAGGCGCUAGUCGAUUCAGGCGCAGCUGGGAACUUUGUAGAUCGCCAGUUCUGUGUAGAAUUAGGGAUUCCUCUCCUUCCCGUUGAUAAGCCUUUCCCUGUACAUGCCCUAGAUAGCCAUCCGUUAGGAUCUGGGUUGAUUAGGGAGGUCACAGCGCCCCUUAAGAUGGAGGCGCAGGGGGGUCAUGAGGAGACGAUUCAGCUCUAUCUGAUUGACUCUCCUGUGUAUCCGGUGGUGCUGGGGCUUCCCUGGUUGAUUACCCAUGACCCUACUAUUUCGUGGCGAGAGAAAGCUCUUAAAGGGUGGUCUGCUCAGUGUGAGGGGCUGUGUCUGGGUGUUUCCAUAGGGGCGACCUCAGUGGAAAGUCAGAAUCUAAUGCCUGCACUGCAUAUUCCCCCCGAGUAUGAGGAUUUGACACUGGUGUUUAGUAAGACUAGGGCGGUGCAGCUGCCGCCUCAUAGACAGGGGGAUUGUGCGAUAGAUCUCCAGUUAGGAGCAGCCCUCCCGCGGAGCCAUGUGUAUCCCUUGUCUCAAGAGGAGAGGAAGGCGAUGGAAACUUACAUCGCCGAGUCUCUGAGACAGGGAUACAUACGGGCCUCCACUUCACCCGCUUCCUCAAGCUUCUUUUUUGUGAAGAAAAAGGAUGGAGGUCUGCGCCCGUGUAUUGAUUACCGCGGUCUCAAUCAGAUUACAGUGAAGUACAGCUAUCCACUUCCUCUGAUUGCGACUAUGACGGAAUCAUUACACGGUGCUCAGUUCUUCACAAAAUUGGAUCUCAGGAGCGCAUAUAACUUGGUGCGCAUUAGAGAGGGCGCUCUUUUUGUAUUACUCUCGUGUUUGUUGUUUUCCGAGAGUCCGCACUGUGUGCGCUAUCUUCAUUUUACGCACUGUGUGUGUUGUGCGUAAUUUGUAUUUUGCCUCCCGGUUGGGUUGGCUGUUCGCCUGUUUGGUGCUGCAUUUUGUUAACUAAAGUCUGUUGACGAACGCCCGUGUUUCCUGCGCUUGAUUUCCUCACCGCAUCUACACUCAGCUACUGACAGACACAGAGGUCUCUCGCAGCGUUGGGCCCAGUACUCCUCAGGACAGCUCUGACAGUCUGAAGAAUCCGAUCAGGAGAAAACAACAGUCAUCAAAUGUUAAUAAUAAAAGAUUUGUUUAAUUUAUUUACACAUACAACUACAUGUCCCACAAUGCUGCACUUUGGCAGUUUACAAUAAAUAAUAUUGAAUUGCUGUGCAGCUUACAUCAGAUAAUCAGAACAUGAACAUGAUUGAUAGACACUACCUGUCUUUGUAGUGCUAGUAAUAUGAAUAAACCAUAUAAAUUUCCCUUAGUAAAGGAUGAUAUAAUUUACUACACAUUUUCUGCCAACUACAGUGGGGGAAAAAAGUAUUUAGUCAGCCACCAAUUGUGCAAGUUCUCCCACUUAAAAAGAUGAUAGAGGCCUGUAAUUUUCAUCAUAGGUACACGUCAACUAUGACAGACAAAUUGAGAAAAAAAAAUCCAGAAAAUCGCAUUGUAGGAUUUUUAAUGAAUUUAUUUGCAAAUUAUGGUGGAUAAUAAGUAUUUGGUCACCUACAAACAAACAAGAUAUCUGGCUCUCACAGACCUGUAACUUCUUCUUUAAGAGGCUCCUCUGUCCUCCACUCGUUACCUGUAUUAAUGGCACCUGUUUGAACUUGUUAUCAGUAUAAAAGACACCUGUCCACAACCUCAAACAGUCACACUCCAAACUCCACUAUGGCCAAGACCAAAGAGCUGUCAAAGGACACCAGAAACAAAAUUGUAGACCUGCACCAGGCUGGGAAGACUGAAUCUGCAAUAGGUAAGCAGCUUGGUUUGAAGAAAUCAACUGUGGGAGCAAUUAUUAGGAAAUGGAAGACAUACAAGACCACUGAUAAUAUCCCUCGAUCUGGGGCUCCACGCAAGAUCUCACCCCGUGGGGUCAAAAUUAUCACAAGAACGGUGAGCAAAAAUCCCAGAACCACACGGGGGGACCUAGUGAAUGACCUGCAGAGAGCUGGGACCAAAGUAACAAAGCCUACCAUCAGUAACACACUACGCCGCAAGGGACUCAAAUCCUGCAGUGCCAGACGUGUCCCCCUGCUUAAGCCAGUACAUGUCCAGGCCCGUCUGAAGUUUGCUAGAGUGCAUUUGGAUGAUCCAGAAGAGGAUUGGGAGAAUGUCAUAUGGUCAGAUAAAAACCAAAAUAUAACUUUUUGGUAAAAACUCAACUCGUCGUGUUUGGAGUACAAUGAAUGUGGAGUUGCUAUUUUUCUGCAAAGGGACCAGGACGACUGAUCCGUGUAAAGGAAAGAAUGAAUGGGGCCAUGUAUCAUGAGAUUUUGAGUGAAAACCUCCUUCCAUCAGCAAGGGCAUUGAACAUGAAACGUGGCUUGGUCUUUCGGCAUGACAAUGAUCCCAAACACACCGCCCGGGCAACGAAGGAGUGGCUUCGUAAGAAACAUUUCAAGGUCCUGGAGUGGCCUAGCCAGUCUCCAGAUCUCAACCCCAUAGAAAAUCUUUGGAGGGAGUUGAAAGUCCGUGUUGCCCAGCGACAGCCCCAAAACAUCACUGCUCUAGAGGAGAUCUGCAUGGGGGAAUGGGCCAAAAUACCAGCAACAGUGUGUGAAAACCUUGUGAAGACUUACAGAAAACGUUUGACCUGUGUCAUUGCCAACAAAGGGUAUAUAACAAAGUAUUGAGAAACUUUUGUUAUUGACCAAAUACUUAUUUUCCACCAUAAUUUGCUAAUAAAUUCAUUAAAAAUCCUACAAUGUGAUUUUCUGGAAUUUUUCUCAUUUUGUCUGUCAUAGUUGACGUGUACCUAUGAUGAAAAUUACAGGCCUCUCUCAUCUUUUUAAGUGGGAGAACUUGCACAAUUGGUGGCUGACUAAAUACUUUUUCCCCCCAAUGUAUUUCUAUAGACCUACCUGUGAUAUUACUGAUCUCUCCCUCUGCACAUGGUACACAGUCAUAACAGCAGACAGGCUUUCCUUUCUGUGCAGCCUUACGAGUGCCUGGGGGACAGCUCUCACUGCCCACUGACACAGGCACCUGUGUAGUGUUCGCUACCCAGGUGAUUUCCCUCUCCAUGCGAAUCCUCUGGCCAGGGGGCAGGGAUGCAUCAUAGUGCGCCACUGUCACAAACUCCAUGUUCCCACUCUCCCCUAUCUGCCAGUUGACCAGCUCACAGGUGGCCACUGGGUCCCCGUUGGCAGUGAAAGAGACCUGGUACUCGUUACGGGAGAAGUUCGUGAGAGCUGUAAUGUAUUGUGAGACCUGUAAUGUAUAGUGAGAACUGUAAUGUAUGGUGAUGUAUAGUGAGAACUGUAAUGUAUAGUGAGAGCUGUAAUGUAUUGUGAGAACUGUAAUGUAUAGUGAUGUAUUGUGAGAACUGUAAUGUAUAGUGAUGUAUAGUGAGAACUGUAAUGUAUGGUGAGAACUGUAAUGUAUAGUGAUGUAUAGUGAGAACUGUAAUGUAUUGUGAGAACUGUAAUGUAUAGUGAUGUAUAGUGAGAACUGUAAUGUAUUGUGAGAACUGUAAUGUAUAGUGAUGUAUAGUGAGAACUGUAAUGUAUUGUGAGAACUGUAAUGUAUAGUGAUGUAUAGUGAGAACUGUAAUGUAUAUUGAGAGCUGUAAUGUAUAGUGAGAACUGUAAUGUAUUGUGAUGUAUAGUGAGAACUGUAAUGUAUAGUGAUGUACAGUGAGAACUGUAAUGUAUAGUGAGAACUGUACUAUAUAGUGAGAACUGUAAUGUAUAGUGAGAACUGUAAUGUAUAUUGAGAGCUGUAAUGUAUAGUGAUGUAUAGUGAGAACUGCAAUGUAUUGUGAGAACUGUAAUGUAUAUUGAGAGCUGUAAUGUAUAGUGAUGUAUAGUGAGAACUGUAAUAUAUAGUGAGAACUGUGAUAUAUAGUGAGAGCUGUAAUGUCACCUUGACCAUUCGGAUUGAUGGGUGACUACGGGAACGAAGGAAGGAGAGGAAGUCCGAUUCCAACUCGCCUCCGAGGCAUCCCAGAAGUCCCCGACGGCUCUGUUGCCGAGAGAACCCGAGGCUACCCGAGUUCCCCCGAGAGUCUCCGAAGUCUGCCGAUUCACCUCUUCCCGAGCCGAUGCAACCAGGCAGAGCUAAGCUGUCUCCAGCCGAACGGCAAUAUAGUCUUCACACGAAGAGUUGCCUGUAUUACGGGACUACUGGUCAUUUUGUGUCCACCUGUUCACUAAAAGACCAGGCUUACCGGUAGGCAGCGAGUACUCUGCUGGGCCACAUGGAUAACUUUUCCUCUCCCCUUACUCACACCCCCUUUCAUGCCAACGUGCUGUGGGGGAACCAGUCGAAAUCUCCGGGUACUCAUCGACUCUGGGGCCGAUGAGAGCUUUAUGGACGCUACCUUGGCGUCCGAGCUGGGCAUCCCCACUCAGACCCUCUCCAUUCCCAUGGACGUUAGAGCGCUGGACGGGCGCUCUAUAGGCCGGGUCACCCACAAUACCACCCCUAUCAACCUACGACUAUCAGGGAACCACAGCGAGACGAUCCAAUUCCUACUAAUUAAGUCUCCUCAGGUUCCCCUGGUAUUGGGUUUCUCUUGGCUCCAGCGACACAACCCGUUCAUUGACUGGUCUACUGGUGCCAUCAUGGGCUGGAGCCCGUUCUGCCACUCUCAUUGCCUGAAGUCAGCGCAGCCUGCCCCGGGCCACUUAGCUUCCGCCACACCAACCCUACGACUGCGGAAUCGACCUUCUCCCAGGCACCACUCCGCCCUGGGGAUGACCGUACUCGCUGUCGGGUCUGGAGACCAAGGCUAUGGAGACCUACAUUGAGGACUCCCCUAGCUGCCAUGUUCAUCUGUCCUUCUGCCUCCCCCGCCAGUGCAGGGUUCUUUUGUGGAGAAGAAGGACAAAACCCUGUGCCUGUGCAAUGGUCUACCGGGGCCUCAACGACAUCACGGUGAAAAAACGCUACCCACUACCUCUCAUCUCCUCGGCCUUUGAGCCGCUCCAGGGGACCUACGGAACGCCUACCACCUGGUGCAGAUACGGGAGGGGGACGAGUGGAAGACUGCCUUCAACAUGGCCAGCGGUCACUACGAGUAUCUGGUCAUGCCAUUUGGCCUUACCAAUGCUCCAGCUGUGUUCCAGGCCCUGGUUAAUGAUGUUCUCCGCGACAUGUGGAACCGGUUCGUCUUCGUCUACCUCGACGACAUCCUCGUCUUCUCCCGCUCCGCCCAAGAACACGUGCACCACGUCCGACAGGUCCUCCAACGCCUCCUGGAGAACCAGUUUUUUGUGAAAGGGGAGAAAUGCGAAUUCCAUCACUCCACCAUCCCCUUCCUGGGCUACAUCCUCGCUGCAGGGAGUGUACAGAUGGAUCCUGGGAAGGUGAGAGCGGUGGUGAAUUGGCCCCAGCCUAUGUCCAGAGUGCAGCUGCAACAUUUCCUGGGAUUCGCCAACUUUUAUUGCCGCUUUAUCCGGGGUUACAGCACCCUGGCUUCCCUACUGUCUGCACUCAAACACUGUUUCACCACUGCUCCCAUCUUGGUUCAUCCUGACCCUUCCCGCCAAUUCGUGGUGGAGGCCGAUGCUUCGGAUGUCGGAGUGGGAGUGGUCCUGUCCCAGCGUGCGGCCCUGGACCUCAAGUUUCAUCCCUGCACCAUCUUCUCCCAUCGCCUCAACACCAUGGAGAGGAAUCACGAUGUAGGGGAAUCGUGAACUUCUCGCAGUGAAAAUGGCAUUGGAGGAGUGGAGGCACUGGCUGGAGGGGGCAUUCACUGUGUGGACAGACCACAAGAACUUGGAAUAUCUCCGCACCGCCAAGUGUCUCAAUUCCAGGCAAGCUAGGUGGGCCCUGCUUUUCACCCGGUUCAACUACUCCCUCUCAUACCGACCGGGAUCCAAGAAUGUCAGGCCAGAUGCACUGUCACACCGCUAUUGCCCCGCGGCUACACCCCUGGAAUCCGAGACUAUCCUUCCCACCUCGUGCUUUGCGACGGCACUCAGUUGGGGAAUAGAGAAGCAGGUCCGGGAGGCACAGCAUUCCCAGCCAAACCCCGGGGGGAGCCAGAUAACCAAAUGUUUGUUCCUGACGCUGUCCGCUCCUCGGUCCUGGAGUGGGCCCACUCCUCUAGGCUUGCCUGUCACCCGGACUCCCGUCGGACCCUGGCCUUUGUGCAACAACGCUUUUGGUGGCCUACCAUGGUUCCUGACAUCUCCGCGUUCGUCGCCGCCUGCACGAUCUGUGCACAGAACAAGACUCCUCGCCAAGCUCCGGCUUGUUUCCUCCAACCUCUGCCUGUUCCUCACCGACCCUGGUCUCACAUAUCCCUUGACUUUGUCACGGGUCUUCCCCCGUGUGAUGGCAACACCGCCAUCCUGACUGUUGUGGACCGGUUUUUUCCUCUCCCCAAGCUACCCUCCGCCAAAGAGACGACCCAGGUCAUGGUACAGCACGUCUUCUGGAUCCAUGGACUCCCAGUGGACAUAGUCUCCGACCGGGGUCCUCAGUUCUCGUCCCAGUUCUGGAAGGUGUUCUGCAUACUCAUUGGGUCGUUGGCCAGCCUGUCCUCCGGUUUCCACCCUCAGUCCAACGGCCAGUCGGAGUGAGCCAACCAAGACCUGGAGACGACUCCGCGGUGCCUGGUCUCCGCCAACCCUACCACCUGGAGCCAGCAACUAGUGUGGGUCGAAUACGCCAUCAACACUCUUCCCUGCUCUGCCACGGGUAUUUUGCUCUUUGAGUGUUUCCUGGGUUAUCAGCCACCGCUCGUCUCGGAGCAAGAGGAAGAGGUCGGCGUACCCUCGGCCCAGAUGUUUGUCCGCUGCUGUCGUCGUACCUGGAGGAGAGCCCGGUCGGCUCUUCUCAAGACCACCUCCAGGUAUCGAUGACAAGCAGACCGCCACCGGACCCCGGUCCCCGGUAUCAUCUCGGGCAGAAGGUAUGGCUAUCCACCCGAGAUCUGCCCCUCCGGGUGGAGUCCCGCAAACUUUCCCCCCGGUUAUCGGCCCUUUCUCCAUCUCCAAGAUCAUUAGCCCCUCUGCUGUUCAUCUUCUGUUGCCCCGUACCCUCCAUAUACAUCCCACUUUUCAUGUGUCUAGGAUCAAACCCAUGUCUCACAGCCCUUUGUCUCCUGUUUCCAGGGCCCCCCCUCUCCCCCGUCUCAUCGACAGCCAACCGGCAUACAAAGUGAGGCGUCUCCUGAAGAUUCGACCUCUGGGCAUGGGAUUCCAGUACCUGGUUGACUGGGAGGGUUAUGGCCUGUAGGGGAGGUGCUUGGUCCCCGCUAGGGACAUCCUGGACCCAGGCCUCAUCACUGAGUUUCCAGGUAGGAUGCCAGGUUGUGCCCCUAGGGGAGGGGGUACUGUCACACCCUGAUCGGUUUCACCUGUCUUUGUGAUUGUCUCCACCCCCCUCCAGGUGUCACCCAUCUUUCCCAUUAUCCCCAGUGUAUUUAUACCUGUGUUCUCUGUUUGUCUGUUGCCAGUUUGUUUUGUUUCGUCAAGCCUACGCGUGGUUUCCCCUCCUGUCUUUUUCAAGUUCCUGUUUUCUAGUUUUCUCGGUUUUGACCAUUCUGCCUGCCCUGACCCUGAGCCUGCCUGCCGUUCUGUACCUUGUCACACCACCCUGGAUUAUUGACCUCUGCCUGGCCUGACCCUGAGACUGCCUGCCGUUCUGUACCUUUUGGACUCUGAUCUGGAUUACUGACCUCUGCCUGCCCUUGACCUGUCGUUUGCCUGCCUGUAAUGUAUAGUGAUGUAUAGUGAGAACUGUAAUGUAUAGUUAGAACUGUAUAGUGAUGUAUAGUGAGAACUGUAAUGUAUAGUGAGCACUGUAAUGUAUAGUGAGAACUGUAAUGUAUAGUGAGAACUGUAAUGUAUAGUGAUGUAUAGUGAGAACUGUAAUGUAUAGUGAGCACUGUAAUGUAUAGUGAGAACUGUAAUGUAUAGUAAGAACUGUAAUGUAUAGUGAUGUAUAGUGAGAACUGUAAUGUAUAGUGAGCACUGUAAUGUAUAGUGAGAACUGUAAUGUAUAGUGAGAACUGUAAUGUAUAGUGAGAACUGUAAUGUAUUGUGAGAACUGUAAUGUAUAGUGAGAACUGUAAUGUAUAGUGAGCACUGUAAUGUAUAAUGAGAACUGUAAUGUAUAGUGAGAACUGUAAUGUAUUGUGAGAACUGUAAUGUAUAGUGAGAACUGUAAUGUAUAGUGAGAACUGUAAUGUAUAGUGAGAACUGUAAUGUAUAGUGAGAACUGUAAUGUAUAGUGAGCACUGUAAUGUAUAGUGAGCACUGUAAUGUAUAGUGAGAACUGUAAUGUAUAGUGAUGUAUAGUGAGAACUGUAAUGUAUAGUGAUGUAUAGUGAGAACUGUAAUGUUAGUUAGAACUGUAAUGUAUAGUGAGAACUGUAAUGUAUAGUGAGCACUGUAAUGUAUAGUGAGCACUGUAAUGUAUAGCGAGCACUGUAAUGUAUAGUGAUGUAUAGUGAGAACUGUAAUGUAUAGUGAGAACUGUAAUGUUAGUGAGAUAUGUAAUGUAUAGUGAGAACUGUAAUGUAUAGUGAGAACUGUAAUGUAUAGUGAGCACUGUAAUGUAUAGUGAGAACUGUAAUGUAUAGUGAGAACUGUAAUGUAUAGUGAUGUAUAGUGAGAACUGUAAUGUAUAGUGAGAACUGUAAUGUAUAGUGAGAACUGUAAUGUAUAGUGAGAACUCUUAAGCCUUCAUUCAUGUAGUCUAAAUAAACAUAUCUAUCAGGACAUUCUACUGUUGUUUUGUCAUUCACCUGAGUUGGCUUCACAUUGAGGUUUUUGUCACAGUGGAGUUUGCUCUCUCUUCACAAGCCAUGCUGUGGAUGGUGUGUGCUAUGGCGUAAACGUCUUUAUACACAAUGUUAGUGACACGCAGCUGGGAUGUAUCUGUGACAGUAGCUUCUGAAUAACCUCACUGUCAUCACACACCUUCUCCUCAGCCCCAACACCUGUAGUAUGUUUUUAUGUUUUGUUUACCCCAUAUGUAACUCUGUGUUGUUGUUUUUAUCGCACUGCUUUGCUUUAUCUUGGCCAGGUCGCAGUUGUAAAGGAGAACUUGUUCUCAACUGGCUUACCUGGUUAAAUAAAGGUGAAAUAAAAAUAAAUAAAAAGCAAUAGUACUCCCUACAGACAGACAGACAAAUAGGUAGAAAGACAGACAGAGAGAUAGAUAGAUAGGCUCUACGCAGUAUUUCCCUUACAGUCUAGUCCUCUUGGCACGCUGGCUCUAUACAGUAUUUCCCUUACGGUCUAGUCCUCUUGGCACGCUGGCUCUAUACAGUAUUUCCCUUACAGUCUAGUCCUCUUGGCACGCUGGCUCUAUACAGUAUUUCCCUUACAGUCAAGUCCUCUUGGCACGCUGGCUCUACGCAGUAUUUCCCUUACAGUCUAGUCCUCUUGGCACGCUGGCUCUACGCAGUAUUUCCCUUACAGUCUAGUCCUCUUGGCACGGUGGCUCUACGCAGUAUUUCCCUUACAGUCUAGUCCUCUUGGCACGCUGGCUCUAUGCAGUAUUUCCCUUACAGUCUAGUCCUCUUGGCACGGUGGCUCUAUGCAGUAUUUCCCUUACAGUCUAGUCCUCUUGGCACGCUGGCUCUAUACAGUAUUUCCCUUACAGUCUAGUCCUCUUGGCACGCUGGCUCUACGCAGUAUUUCCCUUACAGUCUAGUCCUCUUGGCACGCUGGCUCUACACAGUAUUUCCCCUACAGUCUAGUCCUCUUGGCAUGCUGGCUCUACACAGUAUUUCCCCUACAGUCUAGUCCUCUUGGCAUGCUGGCUCUACACAGUAUUUCCCCUACAGUCUAGUCCUCUUGGCACGCUGGCUCUACGCAGUAUUUCCCUUACAGUCUAGUCCUCUUGGCACUGUGGCUCUACGCAGUAUUUCCCUUACAGUCUAGUCCUCUUGGCACGCUGGCUCUAUACAGUAUUUCCCUUACAGUCUAGUCCUCUUGGCACGCUGGCUCUAUACAGUAUUUCCCUUACAGUCUAGUCCUCUUGGCACGCUGGCUCUAUGCAGUAUUUCCCUUACAGUCUAGUCCUCUUGGCACGCUGGCUCUAUACAGUAUUUCCCUUACAGUCUAGUCCUCUUGGCACGCUGGCUCUAUACAGUAUUUCCCUUACAGUCUAGUCCUCUUGGCACGCUGGCUCUAUGCAGUAUUUCCCUUACAGUCUAGUCCUCUUGGCACGCUGGCUCUAUACAGUAUUUCCCUUACAGUCUAGUCCUCUUGGCACGCUGGCUCUAUACAGUAUUUCCUCUACAGUCUAGUCCUCUUGGCACGCUGGCUCUACACAGUAUUUCCCCUACAGUCUAGUUUCUCUUGGCACGCUGGCUUCUAUACAGUAUUUCCCUUACAGUCGAGUCCCUCGUGGCACGCAGGCUCUAUGUCAGUAUUUCCCUUACAGUCCUAGUCCCUUGGCACGCUGUCGCUACGCAGUAUUUCCCUUACAGUCUAGUCCUCUUGGCACCUGGCCUCUACCAGUAUUCCCUCUCGUCCUAGUCCUCUUGGCACGCUUGCUCUAUACAGUAUUUCCUUACAGUCUAUCCUCUUGGCACUCUGGCUCUACGCAGUAUUUCCCUUAACAUUCUAGUCCUCUUGGCACGCUGACUCUACGCAGUAAUUUUUUCCCUACAGUCUAGUCCUCUUGGCACGCCUGGCUCUAUCCAAGUAUUUCCCUUCAGUCUAUCCUCUUGGCACGCUGGCUCUACGCAGUAUUCCCUACGGCAGUCCUCUUUGGCACGCUGCUUCUAUACAGUAUUCCCUUACAUUCAGUCCUCUGGCACCUGGCUCUAUACAGUAUUUUCCCUUACAGUCUAGUCCCUCUUGGCCCUGGCUCUACGCAGUAUUUCCCUUACAGUCUAGUCCUCUUGGCACGCUGGCUCUACGCAGCAUUUCCCUUACAGUCUAGUCCUCUUGGCACGCUGGCUCUAUACAGUAUUUCCCUUACAGUCUAGUCCUCUUGGCACGCUGGCUCUAUACAGUAUUUCCCAGAAAGUGUUGUUUUCUAAAGCCAUGAAUAGAAUGUGAAUCCUGAGUGAUGCUCAAAUGAAGUAGUUUGUAACCAUAACAACUAGUUCAUGAUCAUUCUGUGCUCUAAUUUUUAUAUUUUCGAUGAGGUUUUGAUAUUUUUGUAUCCCAAGUGCACCAAUUAAUUAGAGUAACAACAAUAACUCCAGAUGAAUAAAUAUACUUUUUUUUUAUAACACCUAAUAUGCAUGCAGCAAGAUUCUACUCAAAGGUUGGUGGGUGGAAGAUACAACUGUUAAACAACUUUUCCAACAUAGUACAUAAACAGAGUUUACCAAACAUUAGGAACACCUUCCUGAUAUUGAGUUGCCCCCCCCCCCCCCCCCCCCCCCCCCCCCCCCCUCCCCUCCCUUUGCCCUCAGAACAGCCUCAAUUCGUCGGGGCAUGGACUCUACAAGGUGUCGAAAGCAUUCCACAGGGAUGCUGGCCCAUAUUGACUACAAUGCUUCCCACAGUUGUGUCAAGUGGGCUGGAUGUCCUUUGGGUGGUGGACCAUUUUUGAUAGACACAGGGGGCGGCAGGUAGCUUAGUGGUUAAGAGCGUUGUGCCAGUAACCGAAAGGUCGCUGGUUCUAAUCCCCGAGCCGACUAGGUGAAAAAUCUGUCGAUGUGCCCUUGAGCAAGGUACUUAACCCUAAUUGCUCCUGUAAGUCGCUCUGGAUAAGAGUGUCUGCUAAAUGACUGAAAUUGUAAAUGUAAAAUGAAACUGUUGAGCGUGAAAAACCCAGCAGUGUUGCAGUUCUUGACACAAGCCGGUGCGCCUGGCACAUACCACGUUCAAAGGCACUUCAAUCUUUAUCUUCCCCAUUCACCCUCUGAAUGGCACACGUACACAAUCCAUGUCUCAAUUGUCUCAAGGCUUAAAAAUCCUUCUUUAACCUGUCUCCUCCCCUUCAUCUACACUGAUUGAAGUGGAUUUAACAAGUGACAUCAAUAAGGGAUCAUAGCAUUUCUCUGUAAGGUCUACACUUGUUGUAUUCGGCGCAAGUGACAAAUAACAUUUGAUUUGAUUUGAUUCACCUGGUUCGUCUAUGUCAUGGAAAGAGCAGGUGUUCCUAAUGUUUUGUAUACUCAGUGUGUAUUGUAGCCUAUAUGAGAUAUACUGUACAUUUUAUGUUACAAAAGCAUAUACAUAAGGAAAAAUACAUUUUUCAUUACUCAUUAACUACUUUUUAUUCCCCAUGAUAUGUUGUUUAAUGUUUCUCUCUGGUCUCAGGAGGAUGAUGUAACACUUCGGAGCAAACAGACAGAACAGCAGCCCAAAGCUGGAGGCCAGGAUGGCAAAGAUCUCUACAGCUACUGUGUACUUUCCAGGAGAGCUGACGUAGGCUGGGAUGAAGGAGAUCCACACGGCACAGAAGAUCAGCAUGCUGAAGGUGAUGAACUUGGCCUCGUUGAAGUUGCCCGGCAGUUUCCGGGCCAGAAAUGCCAGGAUGAAGCACAGACAGGCCAAGAGGCCGAUGUAUCCCAGAACGCACCAGAAGGCCAGUGGAGAGCCCACACUGCACUCCAGAAUAAUCUUAGAGCGUUGGUCCUGGGUGUUUCUGGAUGGGUAGGGAGGGGCAGCGAUGAGCCAGGCAGCACAGAUCAGCACCUGAACCAGGGUGCAGCAGAAGAUGAUGACCCUCUGCUGUUUGGGCCCCAGCCACUUCAUGAUGUUGUUCCCAGGCCUGGUGGAAGUGAAGGCACCCAGGACCACCAGAGUUUUGCCCAGGAUGCAGGAGAUGCAGAGGGAGAAGGUGAUGCUGAAGGUGGUGUGGCGCAGCAUGCAGGACCAGGAGGUGGGCUCCCCGAUGAACAUCAGCGCACACAGGAAGCACAGAGUCAGGGAGAAAAGGAUAGAGAAACUCAGCUCAGAGUUGUUGACGCGGACAAUGGGAGUGGUCCUGUGAUGGAGGAAGACCGCCAGGACGGACACGGUCAGACAGGCGCCCACUACAGCGAUCACCGUCAGGGCUAUCCCCAUUGCAUCAUGGGAAAGGAACUCCACCACUUUGGGGAUGCACAAUGUUCCAUCAGCGUUUGACCAGUAGUCCUCGGGACAUUCUGUGCAGUCUAUAGAAUCUACACAGAAAAACAGAGAGAAAGAGAUUAGGAAUUUAUCAAUGAUGGGUAUGUGAUGCAGUCAUGUGAUAUCCUACACAUAUGUGACAUUUGGUGGCAGAAGUGGAACUGGUGGGCAGAGGUUAAGCCCUUAAAGUACCAACAAGGGUAAAUUCUUUUUUUCUGAAAUGUCAGGACUUUGUCAAGCAACUGGUUACCGAAGAAAAAACACAAUUUACCAUGAUUUCUGUGUUAAUAAAGAGAAAUUAAAAAUAAUCUAUAUUUUGUAUACUGGUGGUGUAAGAUGAAAAUACACAACAGAGGUAGAUGUAUAUAGAAGUAGAUGUAUGUAGAGGUAGAGGUAUAUAGAAGUAGAUGUAUGUAGAAGUAGAUGUAUGUAGAAGUAGAUGUAUGUAGAGGUAGAUGUAUAUAGAAGUAGAUGUAUAUAGAAGUAGAUGUAUGUAGAAGUAGAUGUAUGUAGAAGUAGAUGUAUGUAGAAGUAGAUGUAUGUAGAAGUAGAUGUAUGUAGAAGUAGAUGUAUGUAGAGGUAGAUGUAUGUAGAGGUAGAUGUAUGUAGAAGUAGAUGUAUGUAGAAGUAGAUGUAUGUAGAAGUAGAUGUAUGUAGAAGUAGAUGUAGAAGUAGAUGUAUGUCGAAGUAGCUGUCUGUAGCAGUACAUGUUGUAGAGGUAGAUGUAUGUAGAGGUAGUUAUGUGAGGUCGAUGUAUGUAGAGUAGAUGUAUUAGAAGUAGAUGUAUGGUAGAAGUAAUGUUGUAGAGGUGUUUAUGUAGAGGUAGAUGUAUGUAGCCGUAGAUGUCUGUAGCCGUAGAUUCUGUAGACGUAGCAUGUAUGUACGAAGUUGUCGAGUCGUGCUGUAGAGUAGCAUGUAUGUAGACGUCCAUGUAUGUCGAAGUAGAUGUUGUAGACCGUACAUGUCUGUAGGGUCGAUGUUGUAGAGGUAGCUGUAUGGGAGAAGUCGAUGUUGUAGCAGUCGUGUAUGUAGACGUAGACUGUUGUAGAGUAGCUGUAUGUAGAGUAGCUUUGUCGAAGUAGUGUAUGUGCGUAGAUGUAUGUAGAGUAGAUGUAUGUAGAGUAGUGUAUGUAGAAGUAGAUGUAUGUCGCAGUAGAUGGGCUGUGCGUAGCUGUAUGUCGGGUAGAUGUUGUCGCGGUAGAUGUCUGUAGCAGUCGAUGUAUGUCGAAGUCGAUGUAUGUAGAAGUAGAUGUAUGUAGAAGUAGAUGUAGAAGUAGAUGUAUGUAGAAGUAGAUGUAUGUAGAAGUAGAUGUAUGUAGAAGUAGAUGUAUGUAGAAGUAGAUAUAUGUAGAAGUAGAUGUAUGUACCCUGAAAAGAUAUACAGUGCAUUCGGAGAGUAUUCAGAUCCCUUGACUUUUUCCACAUUUUGUUGCAUUACAGCCUUAUUCUAAAAUUGAUUAAACAGUUAUUUUUCAAUCUACACACAAUACCCCAUAAUGACAAAGCAAAAACAGGUUUUAGAAAUGUUUGCAAAUGUAUUAAUAAUAAAAAACUUAAAUAUCAAAUUUACAUAAGUAUUCAGACCCUUUAGUUAGUACUUUGUUGAAGCACCUUUGGCAGCGAUUACAGACUUGAGUCUUCUUGGGUAUGACGCUACAAGCUUGGCACACCUGUAUUUGGGGAGUUUCUCCCAUUCUUCUCUGCAGAUCCUCUUAAGCUCUGUCAGGUUGGAUGGGGAGCAUCACUGCACAGCUAUUUCUGGUCUCUCCAGAGAUGUUCGAUCGGGUUCAAGUCUGGGCUCUGGCUGAGCCACUCAAGGACAUUCAGAGACUUGUCCCGAAGCCACUCCUGCGUUGCCUUGGCUGUGUGCUUAGGGUCGUUGUCCUGUUGGAAGGUGAACCUUCGCCCCAGUCUGAGGUCCUGAGCGCUCUGGAGCAGGUUUCAUCAAGGAUCUCUCUGUACUUUUUUCCGUUAAUCUUUCCCUCAAUCCUGACUAGUCUCCCAGUCCCCGCCCGCUGAAAGACAUCCCCAUAGCAUGAUGCUGCCACCACCAUGCUUCACCAUAGGGAUGGAGCCAGGUUUCCUCCAGAAAUAACACUUGGUAUUCAGGCCAAAGAGAUCAAUCUUGGUUUAAUCAGACCAGAGAAUCUUGUUUCUCAUGGUCUGAGAGUCCUUUAGGUGCCUUUCGGCAAACUCCAAGCAGGCUGUCAUGUGCCUUUUACUGAGGAAUGGCUUCUGUCUGGCCACACUACCAUAAAGGCCUUAUUGGUGUAGUGCUGCAGAGAUGGUUGUCCUUCUGGAAGGUUCUACCAUCUCCACAGAUUAACUAUGGAGCUCUGUCAGAGUGACCAUCGGGUUCUUGGUCACCUCCCUGACCAAGGCCCUUCUCCCCCGAUUGCUCAAUUUGGCCGGGCGGCCAGCUCUAGGAAGAGUCUUGGUGGUUCCAAACUUCUUCCAUUUAAGAAUGAUGGAGGCCACUGUGUUCUUGGGGACCUUCAAUGCUGCAGAAAUGUUUUGGUACCCUUCCCCAGAUCUGUGCCUCAGCACAAUCCUUUCUUGGAUCUCUACGGACAAUUCCUUCGACCUCAUGGCUUGGUUUUUGCUCUGACAUGCACUGUCAACUGUGGGACCUUAUAUAGACAGGUGUGUGCCUUUCCAAAUCAUGUCCAAUCAAUUGAAUUUACCACAGGUGGACUUCAAUCAAGUUGUAGAAACAUCUUAAGGAUGAUCAAUGGAAACAGGAUGCACCUGAGCUCAAACCAUUUACUUGUGUUACAAAGUGUUAAUCAAAUAAAAAGUGUUACUGCUUGACAGAAAGCGGCACAGGUCCUAAUCCAGGCACUUGUCAUCUCCCGUCUGGAUUACUGCAACUCGCUGUUGGCUGGGCUCCCUGCCUGUGUCAUUAAACCCCUACAACUUAUCCAGAAUGCUGCAGCCCGUCUGGUGUUCAACCUUCCCAAGUUCUCUCACCUCACCCCGCUCCUCCGCACACUCCACUGGCUUCCAGUUGAGGCUCGCAUCUACUACAAGACCAUGAUGCUUGCCUAUGGAGCUGUGAGGGGAACGGCACCUCCUUACCUUCAGGCUCUGAUCAGACCCUACACCCAAAUGAGGGCACUACGUUCAUCCACCUCUGGCCUGCUAGUUCCCCUACCUCUACGGAAGCAUAGUUCCCGCUCAGCCCAGUCAAAGCUAUUCGCUGCUCUGGCACCCCAAUGGUGGAACAAGCUCCCCCAUGACGCCAGGAUAGCGGAGUCACUGACCACCUUCCGGAGACACUUGAAACCCUACCUCUUUAAGGAACACCUGGAAUAGUAUAAAGUAAUCCUUCUACCCCCCCCCCCCCCAUAAAAAAAAAGUGGUUGUCCCACUGGCUUUCAUAAGUUGAAUGCACCAAUUUGUAAGUCGCUCUGGAUAAGAGCGUCUGCUAAAUGAUGUAAAUGUAAAUGUUGACAGACAGUGUCUCUUUGCAAUCAUUACCAAUUUGGGGUAAAUUAGGGUAUUACCAGUUGGCACUAUUCAACCAAAAAUACGUUGGUGCUUUUAAUGUUAAAGGAGGCUACAGGAAUAAGACAAGUGGAGGAGGACGUGCUCCUGGACAAAACAAGGCCCUUUCUGUCAGCAUCAACACAACACAUGGACAAGAUGAGCAUAGUGCACUCAUCUGUAUCUAGGGUAGAGAGUCAGAGUCCUCACCAAAUCAGAGUCCUCACCUGUCUGAUUACUAAUCUACAGAUAAGUCAUUCUAUUGAUUAGGGUAUAUCAGAGUCCUCACCUGUCUGAUUACUAAUUUACAGAUAAGUAAUUCUAUUGAUUAGGGUAAAUCAGAGUCCUCACCUGUCUGAUUACUAAUCUACAGAUAAGUCAUUCUAUUGAUUAGGGAAUAUCAGAGUCCUCACCUGUCUGAUUACUAAUCUACAGAUAAGUCAUUCUAUUGAUUAGGGUAUAUCAGAGUCCUCACCUGUCUGAUUACUAAUCUACAGAUAAGUCAUUCUAUUGAUUAGGGUAAAUCAGAGUCCUCACCUGUCUGAUUACUAAUCUACAGAUAAGUCAUUCUAUUGAUUAGGGUAAAUCAGAGUCCUCACCUGUCUGAUUACUAAUCUAACAGAUAAGUCAUUCUAUUGAUUAGGGUAAAUCAGAGUCCUCACCUGUCUGAUUACUAAUCUACAGAUAAGUCCAUUCUAUUGAUUAGGGUAUAUCAGAGUCCUCACCUGUCUGAUUACUAAUCUACAGAUUAAGUCAUUCUAUUGAUUAGGGAAUAUCAGAGUCCUCACCUGUCCUGUUUACUAAUCAUAGAUAAGUCAUUCUAUUGAUUAGGGUAUAUCAGAGUCCUUCACCUGUCUGAUUACUAAUUCCAGAUAAGUCAUUCUUGUGAUUAGGGUAAUCAGCCCGAGUCCUCACCUGUCUGAUACUAAUCUUAGAUAAGCAUUCCUAUUGAUUAGGGAAUAUCAGAGUCCUCACGGUCCGAUUAUAAUCUAUAGAUAAAGUCAUUCUAUUGCUUAGGGUUAUAUCAGAGUCCUCACCUGUCUGAUACUAUAUACAGAUAAGCAUUCGAUUGACUCAGGGCAAUAUCAGGUACUCACCUGUCUGAUUACUAAGCUACAGAUAAGUCAUUCUAAUUGACUAGGGAAUAUUCAGACCAAGCUCCUACACCUUGUUUCUGAUUACAAUAUACAGAUAAGUCAUUCUAUUGAUUUAGGCCGCAAUAUCAGAGUACUCAACCUGUCUGAUUACUAAUCUACAGAUAGUCAUUCUAUUGGAUUAGGGUAUUAUCAGAGUCCUCACCUGUCUGAUUAAUAAUCUAAGAUAAGUCAUUCUAUGAUUAGGACAUAAUCAGACGUCCUCUACCUGUCUGAUACUAUCUACAGAUAAGUCAUUAUAGUGAUUAGGGGAAUAUUCAGGUCAUCACCUGUCUGAUUCACAAUUAUAGAUAAGUCAGUCGAAUUGAUUAGGGUAUAUCAGACGUCCUCACCUGUCUGAUUACUAAUCUUACGAUAAGUUCAUUUAUUGACUAGGGAAUAUCAGAGUCCUCACCUGUCUGAUAUAAUAUACAGAUAAGUUCAUUCUAUUGACUAGGGAAUAUCAACGAGUCCUCACCUGUUGCUUUACAAAUCUACGAAAUCAUUUCUAUUGAGGGGAAUAUCAGAGUCCUCACCUGUAUGAUUUACUAAUCUACAGAUAAGUCAUUUCUAUGAGUAGGGUAUAUCAGAGUCCUCACCUGUCUGAUUACUAAUCUACACGAUAAUCAUUCUAUUGAUUUUAGGGAAUAUCAGGAGUCCUCACCUCGUCGAUUACUAAUCUAUAGAUAAGUCAUUCUAUUGAUUAGGGGAAUAUCAGAGUCCUCACCGUCUGAUUACUAAUCUAUAGAUAAGUCAUUCUAUUGAUUAGGGUAUAUCAGAGUCCUCACCUGUCUGAUUACUAAUCUACAGAUAAGUCAUUCUAUUGACUAGGGAAUAUCAGAGUCCUCACUGUCUGAUUACUAAUCUACAGAUAAGUCAUUCUAUUGACUAGGGAAUAUCAGAGUCCUCACCUGUCUGAUUACUAAUCACAGAUAAGUCAUUCUAUUGAUUUAGGGAAUAUCAGAGUUCCUCACCUGUCUGAUUACUAAUCUACAGAUAAGUCAUUCUAUUGAUUAGGGUUAUAUCAGAGUCCUCACCUGUCUGAUUACUAAUCUACGAUAAGUCAUUCUAUUGAUUAGGGAAUAUCAGAGUCCUCACCUGUCUGAUACUAAUCUACAGAUAAGUCAUUCUAUUGAUUAGGGAAUAUCCGAGUCCUCACCUGUCUGAUUACUAAUCUAAAUUAAGUCAUUCUAGUGACUAGGGGAAUAAUCCGAGUCCUAACCUGUCUAAUCUACAGAUAAGCAUUCUAUGAUAGGGAAACAGGUCCUCACCGUCGAUUACUAAUCUACAGAAAGUCAUUCUAUUGAAGGGAAAUCAGAGUCUCACCUGUUGAUACUAAUCUACAGAUAGUCAUUCUAUGAUUAGGGUAUCAGAGUCUCACUGUUGAUUACUAAUCUACAGAUAGUCAUCUAUUGAUUAGGGUAUAUCAGGUCCUCACCUGUAUGAUUACUAAUUACAGAUAAGUCAUCUAUGAUUAGGAAUCAGAGCUCACCUGUCUGAUUACUAAUUACAGAUAAGCAUCAGAGCAGAGUCCUCACUGACGGACCUGUCUGAUUACUAAUCUUGCCGCUGUCACAUGGUACACAGUCAAAGCAGCACAGAGGCUCCCCACGACGGACAGCCUUCCUGGAUCCUGGAGCACAACUGGCGCUGCACACGGAGACCACCACCUGAAUACCACAGAGACAACGCUGAUUAGGCUGGUUCACCAUGAACCAUGAACCAGUUUAAUACAUUUAGCAUAAAAUGUAUCGUUGUCUUCAUUAAUACAAUUUUUUUUACUUAACACUAUGUGAGAGGGAGACAUUGCAAGACCAACAUGCAUCUUACAUUGGAAUCACAGUAUUUCAUCAAAUCCCAACCUAUCCCAUUCCCCCUACUUACCUCCACCUCACCCUACAGAACGUCAACAGUUGGCAUCUGAUGUGGUUAAAUACACAGUGUGAGCAGCUUGCCUUGCUCUGAUGCCCCGCCCACACUAUCUUCUCUUCCUGGAUCACCAACUCCUUCCCAGAGUCCUUUGCACCGUCGAACAGACCCACGUUGAUGAACUCCAUGUUCCCACCUGAGCCUCUCUGCCAGUUGAUGAUGUCAUAGUAGGGGAUGGAAUCCCCUUUCAGGUCAAAGUUCACCUCCUCCCCAGAAAUGGAAAAGGCAACUUCCUGUAUAUAGUGCUGCAGCUUUGAAAAAAAAAGAGAUGUGAUAUAUUUGCAGAGUGGUAUGAAGCCCUAUAGCUGGCAGUUACCAUAUGGAUGUGCUAGAGAAGACAGAUUUUGAACAGUUACUGUACAUGAGCUGUUGUAUACUUUUUUCAAACGGUCCAGAUAGUUACUAUACCUGUACCUGCCAGGGUUGUACGUUGUUGCUGUGAGCGCAGGUGUGGUUGUUGAAGGGUCCUGCCCUUGGCUGGCAGUGGAGGAGGUUUUUCAGGGAGUGGGCGAUGGCGUACACAGCCUUGUACACAUUAUAGGCCACCCUGGGGCUGGACGUGUUCAUGUAGGCUGAGUGUUGCUUCAGGAGAGUCUCCUGCCCUGAGCAGGGGGGCAGCAGGGGGCUGGAGGGGGACAGAGAGGGAGAGGGAGAGCAGCCGUACAGAGCCUCCCACAGCUGCUGCACCAGGGGGUUAGAGGGGUACCUCCCGGGGUUCACCGUCUGCAGGUAGUCCCUGAGCCCUGGGACUUGUCCCGUCCUUAUCCCAAAGCCAAUGGUGCCCCCCAGGUAGGGGAAGUACUCGCUGGUGGUGAAGAGAGAGGCGGUGACCCAGGCCUCGCUGGCCACCCACUGGAUCCCUGUAAUGUUCUGUGCCAUGUAGUCCUUCAGGAAGGGAGUCAUUUCCCCCUCAGCAGAGAACACCACCACUACCCUGGCUGUGGAGCUACGCAUGACCUAGAGAGAAGAGAGAGAGGGAGACAGGGGAAUAGAGAGAGGGGAGAAAUGAGAAGAUAAUGGAGGGUAGAGGUGGGAGAGAUGGAGGAAGAAUAGAGGGGAGAGGAAGGAGAGAGAAGGAGACAGGGUGAGAGGGGAGUUAGAAGGGGAGAGAGAGAAGGAGACAGGGAGAGAGAGGAGUUAGAAGGGGAGAGAGAGAGUUAGAAGGGGAGAGAGAGGAGUUAGAAGGGGAGCGAGAGAGGAGACAGGGGAGAGGGGUGAGUUUUGACGGCGUUGGUUGAAGGAUGUAGAGGGCGGGGAGCUUCAGAAGUGCCUUUGACCGAUAGGAGACAGGGGAUCAGUAGGUCGUUAGCGCGGAGGGAGAGAGGGCGGUGACCGUUAGCCGGUCGAGAGCGAGGUUUCGGGUACAGUGGGAGAGUGAGUGUUAGCCCGGGCGCGUGAGGUUUAGACAGGGUGCCCGGGAGUCCCCGUGAGAGGGCGUGCGUGGUUGCGUAGAGUAGGGGGAUGGACGGGCCGGGUUGCGAGCAUGAGUUGAGGGAGGGAGGCAGUUUUUUCCGGUCUAGGAGGGUGGGCUAGAGGAGGGAGGACAGGGUGGAGUCGAGUUAGAAGGGGAAGAGAUGAGCGACAGGGGUAGAAGGAGUUAGACAGGGAGAGAUAGUUGUAUAUAGGUUGUUAGAGACGAUUUUGGAAAAACAGUCUCAUCCGCUAUGAUAGCCCAGGAGUUAUCAGGGGAAAUUUUAGGGGUAAGAAGCAUGAGGGGGGGUACUAAGGUUGUUUUGAAUAUGCAAGACACAUUUCCGUCAGGGACAGAACAGUCCCUCUCCCGUCCUCUCUUCGUACCUCUAUGAUCUCCAGCGCCCUCUGCUGGUUAUAGAGUAGAGGGAUCAUCUCCUGGUAGGCCACACACACCCCCGUCCCCUCCAGCUCCCUCAGCAGCCCCUGUAGGGCGAAGUGCCCAUAUUCAUGGUCCCCACGUACCACCCCCACCCAGCGCCAGUCAUACCGCACCAGCAGCUGAGCCAUAGCCUUCACCUGGGAUGGGAGAAAGGAGGAUCAGUCAGAAACUAGGCCAUAACAGACCAGGAAGUGAACAUACGUUGCUUCACUCCAUUUAGUUGACUGCAGGGAGAUCCAUUUGGCUCCCACUUCAGAAAAAUACUUCUUGAAGAGUCUUGAGAUUUAUGAGAUCAUUGCCUAAUCCUUUUUGAUUUAAUUCCAGGCUUUCACCUGGUAGUCAUCGUUGGGGAUCACUCUGAAGAAGGUGGGGUACUCCCUCCUGUCACUGAGGCACGCACACGACGAGAAGUAGCUGAUCUGAGGAAAGACAUGGUUAGUGACACACUCCUUCUUUCUAUAGCGCUCAUAUGAAGAGUUUCAUUCCAAAACGCUAUAUAUACAUUUUCAGAAAUGUUGGUAAAUUAGCUUUUAUUGUUGAAAGAAAUGAUGAAAGAGAUUGGUGUGUUUUUUCACUAUCUAAUCAUGGCAUGGGGUUGUUCAAUGACACAUGUAUUUGUUUAAAAUCUAUCACUUGUUUUUUUUGCUAAAUGCUAUACAUCCGCCUCACUCUCAGAGAAAUAAGUAGGACUUCUAUGUUGUAGACAGUCAUGUAUAUAAUCAUAAUAAUAAUAAUAAUAAUAAUAAUAAUAAUAAUAAUGAUAAUAAUAAUUCAAUACAGUAAUAUGAGAUCUGUAUGUAAAACAUUUAUAUUUUACAUUUGAGUCAUUUAGCAGAUGCGCUCUUAUCCAGAGUGACUUACAGUAAGUGCAUUUAUCUUAAGAUAGUUCAGUGAGACAAUCACAUAUCACAGUUAAAUAGACAUGAUAUGUACAUUCCAUUCCAGCUAAACAAUGGAUAUAUAGCGUUUUUCGAAUAAACACAUUUUCUCAAAUCUAUGAAAAAAAAAAUUUGAGAACAGUAAUAUUUUACACACACAUGAAGGUACCCAUAAGCAAUCAUUUCUGAUUUAAUGUGUGGAUAUAGCAUUUUGGAAAUGACCUUUUCAUAUACAUAUUUACACACAGAGAAUCAGAAAGGUUAUACAGUAUCCCAAGUCUGUAGUUGAUCGAUAAGUCAAAUAAUACAAAAUAAAAUAAAAAUCCUUAACAUAGCUGAACUCUCAGUGGAGCCCUACCAUGGGUAUUUUAAAGGGCUGCAGGAUUCUGGACACAACAAUAGACUGAGCAGAACCCGAUUCUCCAAUGACGGCCAGGAGAGGAGAGGCACCAGAACACAUGUGACUGUGCGCCUGGUCCAGUCCGUUCAACACAGCCAGUGCAGCCCUCUGCCCCGUCAGAGGAUAGGCACACGAGUCAAAGAUCUUGUAGCCCAGCGUGUGGUUGGGCAGCAGCUGCUCAUUCUGGUUGAUCUCCUCCACUGCCAGCCUCAUGGUCUGAGCCCAGCGGAACGCCCUCGGGUCAAACCUGAAUACACAGAGAGAGAGAGAGAGAGAGAGAGAGAGAGAGAGAGAGAGAGAGAGAGAGAGAGAGAGAGAGAGAGAGAGAGGAGAGAGAGAGAGAGAGAGAGAGAGAGAGAGAGAGAGAGAGAGAGAGAGAGAGAGAGAGAGAGAGUGACAAACAAAACAGAGUCAUUAGUGAGAGAGUAAAGUAGACGGAGAGUGAGAGUAGGAGGAGGGGAGGAAGGAUGAGGAGAGAGUGUUAGAAAAACAGAGAAAGUGACAAUAAAAGGAGGGAAAAGAGAAAACUAGAAACUAGAAGAGGGAAAGAUGGUUAAAGGUCAAAUAGUCUAUUACUGGUUAACACUGAAAACUCACCCGUUGCACCUGACUGCUGUUGGUCUGUAGGUGUAGUUGACGUCUGGCAUCUCCUGGUUGUAGUGCAGGGGGAAAAUACCCCCAAUGACAAAGUCACCAUCAGCCACGAACACAGGCUCAAAGUCACUCUGCAGAACACACUCUGUGUCUGGGGCUAGGGUGGAGGAGGGGGUGAGUGUGAGGGAGAGGGAAGAGACUGAGGCAGAUAGAGACCACAAGAACAGCAGAGACAUCCUCACUCACACCUAUCCCCUCUAACAGUCAGAGAGAGGGAAGGAGAGCAGUUAUAUAUAUAGCCCUAUCGUAUGUCUGCAUCUCAUUACUGACAAGACAGGCCCUGGAUUGGACAUCUGUUAAGAAGGCCUAUGACAUCGUCACAAACAAUGCAACCCCCCCCCCAAAGAUGUUUGACUGACCAACGUUUGACAGAUGUUUAUGCUGUACCAUAAAGUGGUAUCUAGGCUAGAGAUGAGGGUAUGAUUACAGUUUGUUUACCAACGCUACCACCUAGCAUUAGUGUUAUUGUGUUUACGUAAGACCUCUGGUAGCAUGAUUCAAAUGCUGUAGCGUUUAAUUAUUUAUUUGAAAAUUUUCAGGAUGAAAACUCUUUGAGAUGCACCAUUUUGUUUUUAAAGGACAAAAAAAGGAGAAACAAAUGAUGCUUAGUAACCAGAAUAAUAUGACAAAAGGAAGGGGAAACAGUAAAAUUACUAAAUUAAAACAAUAAUUAAGAUACUGCAAAAAACAAUAACAUCUAUAAUAACCACUGUCUAAUGAUAAUGAAAUAAUCAUUGUUAAAACAAAAACAUAGCAUGACUCUCUCUAGAUACAGUAACCAUAAAAUUAGCUAAUUUGGGUGAGCUAUAUCUUUGAUCAGGAAAAUGGUACAGUAAUAAAUCAUAAUUUCUAGCUUACCACAUUCCACAAAAAUGUCCCGAAGACACUAUGAACAUCUAUUUCAUUUAUGGGUUUACGGUAGGUAAGUCAACUUAAAACUCUAACAAUUAAAGGUGUCCUCAUUGAUCUAUACAUUUUUAUUUCUUCCCCAUGAUAUGUUGUUUAGUGUUCUUCUCUGGCUUCAGGAGGAUGAUGAAACACUUUGGAGCAAACAGACAGAACAGCAGCCCAAAGCUGGAGGCCAGGAUGGCAAAGAUCUCUACAGCUACUGUGUACUUCCCAGGAGAGCUGACGUAGGCUGGGAUGAAGGAGAUCCACACGGCACAGAAGAUCAGCAUGCUGAAGGUGAUGAACUUGGCCUCGUUGAAGUUGCCCGGCAGUUUCCGGGCAAGAAAUGCCAGGAUGAAGCACAGACAGGCCAAGAGGCCGAUGUAUCCCAGAACACACCAGUAGGCCAGUUGAGAGCCCACACUGCACUCCAGAAUAAUCUUAGAGCGUUGGUCCUGGGUGUUUCUGGAUGGGUAGGGAGGGGCAGCGAUGAGCCAGGCAGCACAGAUCAGCACCUGAACCAGGGUGCAGCAGAAGAUGAUGACCCUCUGCUGUUUGGGCCCCAGCCACUUCAUGAUGUUGUUCCCAGGCCUGGUGGAAGUGAAGACAGCCAGGACCACCAGAGUUUUGCCCAGGAUGCAGGAGAUGCAGAGGGAGAAGGUGAUGCUGAAGGUGGUGUGGCGCAGCAUGCAGGACCAGGAGGUGGGCUCCCCGAUGAACAUCAGCGCACACAGGAAGCACAGAGUCAGGGAGAAAAGGAUAGAGAAACUCAGCUCAGAGUUGUUGACGCGGACAAUGGGAGUGGUCCUGUGAUGGAGGAAGACCGCCAGGACGGACACGGUCAGACAGGCGCCCACUACAGCGAUCACCGUCAGGGCUAUCCCCAUUGCAUCAUGGGAAAGGAACUCCACCCCUUUGGGGAUGCACAAUGUUCCAUCAGCGUUUGACCAGUAGUCCUCGGGACAUUCUGUGCAGUCUAUAGAAUCUACACAGAAAAACAGAGAGAAAGAGAUUAGGAAUUUAUCAAUGAUGGGUAUGUGAUAUAAUAAUAAAAAUAAUAUGCCAUUUAGCAGACGCUUUUAUCCAAAGCGACUUACAGUCAUGCGUGCAUACAUUUUUUUUUUGUGUAUGGGUGGUCCCGGGGAUCGAACCCACUACCUUGGCGUUAUAAGCGCCGUGCUCUACCAGCUGAGCUACAGAGGACCACAGAUGCAGUCGUGAUAUCCUACACAUAAGUGACAUUUGGUGGCAGAAGUGGAACUGGUGGGCAGAGGUUAACCCUUAAAAUUCCAACAAGGGUCAAUUGUCAUAAUUUCUAAACUCUUUUAUUUUAUCCUUCUGAAAUUUCAGGACUUUGUCAAGCAACUAGUUACUUAUUAGAUUUCUGUGUUAGUAUGUAAGAAUGACAAAUUAUCUCUCUGUAUACCAGUGGUGCGUGGCUAAGCUGAAAAUGUGAACUAAAAAGUUAAACCUUGAAAAAAUACAUAUUUACAAUAGCUUCCAGUCAGUGUCUCUAUACCAAGUCCAGAGUCUCAUCUUUCAGAUGCAAUUGGAAUGGAGUUGAUAGCCCAUAGCAUUCCAAAGUUAGAGCUAAAAAUCUGAUGGCACCGGUGCUCAAAUCGCCUAUAUCGCCCAUAUCAGUGGCCAUCUUAAGUCGUACCGGUAUGUCAGAUUAGCUCAAUCGGCAAUUUCUCAGCCUCUGAGUAUUACAGAACAUUUUGAAUGAAUAACAGACAAAUGUUCAUAACAAGUGGCAAUGGAUGAUAUAUAUCAAAUGUAAGCACACACAAUCUACAUGUUAACGUUUUUCAAUGUAAAUUGUAAAGUAUUUUGUCUUUUUUUGUUAUAUGUCGGACCCCCAGUAAGACUAGCUGUCACCAUGGGAAUCCUAAUAAAUCAAAUCAAAUCAAAUUAAAAUAUCUGUCCAAAACAUAAAAAAAUACCAAAACUUUUAUUUUGAAAAGAUGGGUAAAAAUUUAUAAAUAUACAGUUCCAGUCAAAAGUUUGGACACACCUACUCAUUCAAGGGUUUAUUCUUCAUUUUGACUAUCUUCUACAUUGUAGAAAUUUAGUGAAGACAUCAAAACUAUGAAAAAAAACAUAUGGAAUUAUGUGGUAACCAAAAAAGUGAUAAACAAAUUCUUCAAAUAGCCACCCUUUGCCUUGAUGACAGCUUUGCACACUCUUGGCAUUCUCUUAACCAGCUUCAUGAGGUAGUCACCUGGAAUGCAUUUCAAUUAACAGGUGUGCCUUCUUAAUGCGUUUGAGCCAAUCAGUUGUGUUGUGACAAGGUAGUGGGGGAAUGGAACACCCAGAUUUACCUCUGCUGCAGAGGAUAAGUUCAUUAGAGUUACCAGCCUCAGAAAUUGUAGCCAAAAUAAAUGCUUCACAGAGUUCAAGUAACAGACACAUCUCAACAUCAACUGUUCAGAGGAGACUGUGUGAAUCAUGCCUUCAUGGUCGAAUUGCUGCAAAGAAACCACUACUAAAGGACACCAAUAAUAAGAAGAGACUUGCUUGGGCCAAGAAACACGAGCAAUGGAUAUUAGACUGGUGGAAAUGUGUCCUUUGGUCUGGAGUCCAAAUUUGAGAUUUUUGGUUCCAACCGCCUUGUCUUUGUGAGACGCGGUGUGGGUGAACGGAUGAUCGCUGCAUGUGUAUUUCCCACCGUAAAUCAUGGAGGAGGAGGUGUUAUGGUGUGGGGGUGCUUUGCUGGUGACACUAUCAGUGAUUUAUUUAGAAUUCAAGGCACACUUAACCAGCAUGGCUACCAUAGCAUUCUGCAGUGAUACGCCAUCCCAUCUGGUUUGGGUUUAGUGGGACUUUCAUUUGUUUUUCAACAGGACAAUGACCCAACACACCUCCAGACUGUGUAAGGGCUAUUUUACCAAGAAGGAGAGUAAUGGAAUGCUGCAUCAGAUGACUUGGCCUCCACAAUCACCUGACCUCAACCCAAUUGAGAUGGUUUGGGAUGAGUCGGACCGCAGAGUGAAGGAAAAGCAGCCAACAAGUGCUCAACAUAUAUGGGAACUCCUUCAAGACUGUUGGAAAAGCAUUCCAGGUGAAGCUGGUUGAGAGAAUGCCAAGAGUGUGCAAAGCUGUCAUCAAGGCAAAGGGUAGCUAUUUGAAGAAUCUCAAAUAUAAAAUAUAUUUGUAUUUGUUUAACACUUUUUUGGUUACUACAUGAUUCCAUAUGUGUUAUUUCAUAGUUUUGAUGUCUUCACUAUUAUUCUACAAUGUAGAAAAUAGUAAAAUUAAAGAAAAACCCUUGUAUGAGUAGGUGUGUCCAAACUUUUGACUGGUAGUGUAAGCUUAUUUUAGAUAAUUGAAACAAUUUUCUUGUGUUGCAAAUAGUUAGUAAAAUAAAAAGAUGAGCAUAGUGCACUCAACUGUGUCUAGGGUAGAGAGUCAGAGUCCUCACCAAAUCAGAGUCCUCACCUGUCUGAUUACUAAUCUACAGAUAAGUCAUUCUAUUGAUUAGGGUAUAUCAGAGUCCUCACCUGUCUGAUUACUAAUCUACAGAUAAGUCAUUCUAUUGAUUAGGGAAUAUCAGAGUCCUCACCUGUCUGAUUACUAAUCUACAGAUAAGUCAUUCUAUUGAUUAGGGAAUAUCAGAGUCCUCACCUGUCUGAUUACUAAUCUACAGAUAAGUCAUUCUAUUGAUUAGGGUAAAUCAGAGUCCUCACCUGUCUGAUUACUAAUCUACAGAUAAGUCAUUCUAUUGAUUAGGGUAAAUCAGAGUCCUCACCUGUCUGAUUACUAAUCUACAGAUAAGUCAUUCUAUUGAUUAGGGAAUAUCAGAGUCCUCACCUGUCUGAUUACUAAUCUACAGAUAAGUCAUUCUAUUGAUUAGGGUAUAUCAGAGUCCUCACCUGUCUGAUUACUAAUCUACAGAUAAGUCAUUCUAUUGAUUAGGGAAUAUCAGAGUCCUCACCUGUCUGAUUACUAAUCUACAGAUAAGUCAUUCUAUUGAUUAGGGUAAAUCAGAGUCCUCACCUGUCUGAUUACUAAUCUACAGAUAAGUCAUUCUAUUGAUUAGGGAAUAUCAGAGUCCUCACCUGUCUGAUUACUAAUCUACAGAUAAGUCAUUCUAUUGAUUAGGGAAUAUCAGAGUCCUCACCUGUCUGAUUACUAAUCUACAGAUAAGUCAUUCUAUUGACUAGGGAAUAUCAGAGUCCUCACCUGUCUGAUUACUAAUCUACAGAUAAGUCAUUCUAUUGACUAGGGAAUAUCAGAGUCCUCACCUGUCUGAUUACUAAUCUACAGAUAAGUCAUUCUAUUGACUAGGGAAUAUCAGAGUCCUCACCUGUCUGAUUACUAAUCUACAGAUAAGUCAUUCUAUUGAUUAGGGAAUAUCAGAGUCCUCACCUGUCUGAUUACUAAUCUACAGAUAAGUCAUUCUAUUGAUUAGGGAAUAUCAGAGUCCUCACCUGUCUGAUUACUAAUCUACAGAUAAGUCAUUCUAUUGAUUAGGGAAUAUCAGAGUCCUCACCUGUCUGAUUACUAAUCUACAGAUAAGUCAUUCUAUUGAUUAGGGUAAAUCAGAGUCCUCACCUGUCUGAUUACUAAUCUACAGAUAAGUCAUUCUAUUGAUUAGGGAAUAUCAGAGUCCUCACCUGUCUGAUUACUAAUCUACAGAUAAGUCAUUCUAUUGACUAGGGUAUAUCAGAGUCCUCACCUGUCUGAUUACUAAUCUACAGAUAAGUCAUUCUAUUGAUUAGGGAAUAUCAGAGUCCUCACCUGUCUGAUUACUAAUCUACAGAUAAGUCAUUCUAUUGACUAGGGUAUAUCAGAGUCCUCACCUGUCUGAUUACUAAUCUACAGAUAAGUCAUUCUAUUGAUUAGGGAAUAUCAGAGUCCUCACCUGUCUGAUUACUAAUCUACAGAUAAGUCAUUCUAUUGACUAGGGUAUAUCAGAGUCCUCACCUGUCUGAUUACUAAUCUACAGAUAAGUCAUUCUAUUGAUUAGGGAAUAUCAGAGUCCUCACCUGUCUGAUUACUAAUCUACAGAUAAGUCAUUCUAUUGAUUAGGGAAUAUCAGAGUCCUCACCUGUCUGAUUACUAAUCUACAGAUAAGUCAUUCUAUUGAUUAGGGAAUAUCAGAGUCCUCACCUGUCUGAUUACUAAUCUACAGAUAAGUCAUUCUAUUGAUUAGGGUAAAUCAGAGUCCUCACCUGUCUGAUUACUAAUCUACAGAUAAGUCAUUCUAUUGAUUAGGGAAUAUCAGAGUCCUCACCUGUCUGAUUACUAAUCUACAGAUAAGUCAUUCUAUUGACUAGGGUAUAUCAGAGUCCUCACCUGUCUGAUUACUAAUCUACAGAUAAGUCAUUCUAUUGAUUAGGGAAUAUCAGAGUCCUCACCUGUCUGAUUACUAAUCUACAGAUAAGUCAUUCUAUUGACUAGGGUAUAUCAGAGUCCUCACCUGUCUGAUUACUAAUCUACAGAUAAGUCAUUCUAUUGACUAGGGAAUAUCAGAGUCCUCACCUGUCUGAUUACUAAUCUACAGAUAAGUCAUUCUAUUGAUUAGGGAAUAUCAGAGUCCUCACCUGUCUGAUUACUAAUCUACAGAUAAGUCAUUCUAUUGAUUAGGGAAUAUCAGAGUCCUCACCUGUCUGAUUACUAAUCUACAGAUAAGUCAUUCUGUUGAUUAGGGAAUAUCAGAGUCCUCACCUGUCUGAUUACUAAUCUACAGAUAAGUCAUUCUAUUGAUUAGGGUAAAUCAGAGUCCUCACCUGUCUGAUUACUAAUCUACAGAUAAGUCAUUCUAUUGAUUAGGGAAUAUCAGAGUCCUCACCUGUCUGAUUACUAAUCUACAGAUAAGUCAUUCUAUUGACUAGGGUAUAUCAGAGUCCUCACCUGUCUGAUUACUAAUCUACAGAUAAGUCAUUCUAUUGAUUAGGGAAUAUCAGAGUCCUCACCUGUCUGAUUACUAAUCUACAGAUAAGUCAUUCUAUUGACUAGGGUAUAUCAGAGUCCUCACCUGUCUGAUUACUAAUCUACAGAUAAGUCAUUCUAUUGAUUAGGGAAUAUCAGAGUCCUCACCUGUCUGAUUACUAAUCUACAGAUAAGUCAUUCUAUUGACUAGGGUAUAUCAGAGUCCUCACCUGUCUGAUUACUAAUCUACAGAUAAGUCAUUCUAUUGAUUAGGGAAUAUCAGAGUCCUCACCUGUCUGAUUACUAAUCUACAGAUAAGUCAUUCUAUUGAUUAGGGUAUAUCAGAGUCCUCACCUGUCUGAUUACUAAUCUACAGAUAAGUCAUUCUAUUGAUUAGGGAAUAUCAGAGUCCUCACCUGUCUGAUUACUAAUCUACAGAUAAGUCAUUCUAUUGAUUAGGGAAUAUCAGAGUCCUCACCUGUCUGAUUACUAAUCUUGCCGCUGUCACAUGGUACACAGUCAAAGCAGCACAGAGGCUCCCCACGACGGACAGCCUUCCUGGAUCCUGGAGCACAGCUGGCACUGCACACGGAGACCACCACCUGAAUACAACAAAGACCAAUAUUUUCCUGCUACCUCAAUACUCAUAGUCCCUCCUAUAGUUCAGUUGGUAGAGCAUGGCGCUUGCAACGCCAAGGGUUGUGGGUUCGAUUCCCACAGGGGGGGCAGUAUGAAAAAUGUAUGCACUCACUAACUGUAAGUCGCUCUGGAUAAGAGCGUCUGCUAAAUGACUAAAAUUUAAAAUGUAAUAUUAUACCAGCCACUAGAGGGCACUCAAUAUGAGAUAAUUUGAGAAAUCUCCCUGACAGUGCAUGGUCAGAGAAUAACAAAGGAGAAUCAAGCAUUGGAACGCAUAAACUGGGUUACCUGCAAUACAAGCUUUGGAGAAACAAAAAUAUUUCAGGACAAAUAAACCUGUUUAAAAAAAACUAUAAUAAUGAGUUUACAUUCACCAUGCAGAGGCACUUACAUAAAGGUCUCUCUACAGAACGUCAACAGUUGGCAUCUGAUGUGGUUAAAUACACAGUGUGAGCAGCUUGCCUUGCUCUGAUGCCUCGCCCACACUAUCUUCUCUUCCUGGAUUGCCAGCUCCUUCCCAGAAUCCUUUGCGCCAUCGUACAGCCCCACUGUGACAAAGCGGGGACCUCCGUUUGGCUCCCUCUGCCAGUUGAUGAGGUCAUAGGACGGGAUGGCGUCCCCUUUCUGGUCAAAGUUAAUAUUUUCUCCUGAUACAGUGAAGGACACGUCCUGGAGAUAUUGCUGGAGCUAUGAUAAGAGGAAAAUAAUUGUCUCAUUCUUUAACAAAUUACAUUUGUUGACACACCUAAAUCUUUUAAACAUUCAUCUGUUUAGUUAUUUGCAUAAUUAUAUGCUUUUUUUCCCCCACUUUAAUUAAUUGACACAUACCUGCCAGGGGUGUACGUUGUUGCUGUGAGCGCAGGUGUGGUUGUUGAAGGGUCCUGCCCUUGGCUGGCAGUGGAGGAGGUUGUUCAGGGAGUGGGCGAUGGCGUACACAGCCUUGUACACGUUAUAGGCCACUCUGGGGCUGGACGUGUUCAUGUAGGCUGAGUGUUGCUUCAGGAGAGUCUCCUGCCCUGAGCAGGGGGGCAGCAGGGGGCUGGAGGGGGACAGAGAGGGAGAGGGAGAGCAGCCGUACAGAGCCUCCCACAGCUGCUGCACCAGGGGGUUAGAGGGGUACCUCCCGGGGUUCACCGUCUGCAGGUAGUCCCUGAGCCCUGGGACUUUCCCUGAGCGGAUGGCGAAGCCAAUAGUCCCAUCCAGGAAUGGAUAAGUCUCUGCCAGCACAUUGGCAGUGACCCAGGCCUCGCUGGCCACCCACUGGGUACCAGUGAUGUUCUGCUUGACAAACUCCUUGAGGAAAGGGUAUAACUCUCCCUCCCCAGAGAAGACUAUCACCACACGCGCUGUGGAGCGCCUCAUCACCUCCAGGAUCUGCAGGACCCUCUCUCUGCUGUAGUCUUUAGGGAUCAUCUCAUCGUAGGCCAGACACACAUCUGUGUUCUGGAUCUCCCUCUUCAGGCCCUGCAGGGCGAAGUGGCCGUAGUCGUGAUCCUCCCGGACCACACCGAUCCACUUCCAGCCGAAACGCUGGAGGAGCCUGGCGAUGGCCUUCACCUGGUAGUCGUCAUUUGGAACCACUCUGAAAAACGUUGGGUAUUCUUUCCUGUUGCUCAGGCAUGAGCAGGUGGAGAAAUAGCUGAUCUGAAAGAAAAUAUAACACCUAUUUUAAGCAAAUGUUAGUUACACUUUAUUUCAAGGUGUGCAUGUAAACCACUUAUAUACCAUUAUUACAAAAUGUAAAAUACAUGAAUAUAUACAGUGCCAGUCAAAAGUUUGGACACACCUACUCAUUCCAGGGUUUUUCUUUAUUUGUACUAUUUUCUACAUUGUAGAAUAAUAGUGAAGACAUCAAAACUAUGAAAUAACACAUAUGGGAUCAUGUAGUUACCAAGUGUUAAACAAAUCCAAAUAUAUUUUCUAUUUUUCAAAGUAGCCACUCUUUGCCUUGAUGACAGCUUUGCACACUUUUGUCAUUCUCUCAACCAGCUUCACCUGGAAUGCUUUUCCAACAGUCUUGAAGGAGUUCCCACAUAUGCUGAGCACUUGUUGGCUGCUUUUCCUUCACUCUGCGGUCCGACUCAUCCCAAACCAUCUCAAUUGGGUUGAGGUCGGAGGAUUGUGGAGGCCAGGUCAUCUGAUGCAGCACUCCAUCACUCUCCUUCUUGGUAAAAUAGCCCUUACACAGCCUGGAGGUGUGUUGGGUCAUUUUCCUGUUGAAAAACAAAUGAAAGUCCCACUAAACCCAAACCAGAUGGGAUGGCGUAUUGCUGCAGAAUGCUAUGGUAGCCAUGCUGGUUAAGUGUGCCUUGAAUUCUAAAUAAAUCACAGACAGUGUCACCAGCAAAGCACCCCCACACCAUAACACCUCCAUGCUUUACGGUGGGAAAUACACAUGCGGAGAUCAUCCAUUCACCCACACCGUGUCUCACAAGACACGGCGGUUGGAACCAAAAAUCUCAAAUUUGGACUCCAGACCAAAGGACACAUUUCCACCAGGCUAAUGUCCAUUGCUCGUGUUUCUUGGCCCAAGCAAGUCUCUUCUUCGUAUUGGUGUCCUUUAGUAGUGGUUUCUUUGCAGCAAUUUGACCAUGAAGGCCUGAUUCACACAGUCUCCUCUGAACAGUUGAUGUUGAGAUGUCUCUGUUACUUAAAUUCUGUGAAGCAUUUAUUUGGUCUGCAAUUUCUGAGGCUGGUAACUCUAAUGAACUUAUCCUCUGCAGCAGAGGUAACUCUGGGUCUUCCAUUCCUGUGGCGGUCCUCAUGAGAGCCAGUUUCAUCAUAGCGCUUGAUGGUAUUUGCGUGCACUUGAAGAAACUUUGAAAGUGUUUGAAAUGUUCCUGAUUGACUGACUUUCAUGUCUUAAAGUAUUGAUGGACUGUUGUUUCUCUUUGCUUAUUUGAGCUGUUCUUGCCAUAAUAUGGACUUGGUAUUUUACCAAAUAGGUCUAUCUUCUGUAUACCCCACCUACCUUGUCACAACACAACUGAUUGGCUCAAAUGCAUUAAGAAGGAAAUAAAUUCCACAAAUUAACUUUUAAGAAGGCACACCUGUUAAUUGAAAUGCAUUCCAGGUGACUACCUCAUGAAGCUGGUUGAGAGAAUGCCAAGAGUGUACAAAGCUGUCUUCAAGGCAAAGGGUGGCUAUUUGAAGAAUCUCAAAUAUGAAAUAUAUUUUGAUUUAUUUAACACUUUUUUGGUUGCUAAAUGAUUCCAUAUGUGUUAUUUCAUAGUUUUGAUGUUUUCACUAUUAUACUACAGUGUAAAAAUAAAGAAAAACCCUUGAAUGAGUAGGUGUGUCCAAACUUUUGACUGGUAGUAUAUACAAAUAAUGUAUUAUUUAUGAGAGGGCUAAUCAUAUUUACAGUAGUCAUAAACAAAAGACAACAUAUUUAGUUGCUGAAUUCAGUAUUUAACAAACUAUGUAAUUAUAGUUACAAGUUGUUAAUAAGCACUUUUAAAUAUGUGUUCAGAGUCACAGACACACCUCCCUUUUGAAUAGUAGAUUAGCUAUUUACACUAAAAUAAUUCAACAGUUUUGAAUUAGAAAACGGAUCCACAGCUUCUGAAUUUUAUUUUAUUCUAGUUCCCCUUAUUUCAGCAGUGGAUCUUAACUUAAAAACAAUAAAUGCCUUUUCAUCUGCUCCAGUGGUGUAGUGGCAUUUUCUGAGGUACCGGAGCCCACAUCUAAGGAAAUGAAGUCAUCAUUUCUCAAUCAAAGUUUGUACCGACAGAUGUAGACUAUUGAAUAUUAUUUUUAGAAUAUGCAUAAAAUGCAUCCUCCAAAUGCAAUGUCUGUUCACACCCACACAUAUUGUCUCAAUAAAUUGUUCUGUUUUUAAUACCAUCAAACACCAAAUUAGACAUGCCUAAUUUUAAAAUAGGCCAUCUGUCAAUCGUAAAUAAUGAUUAUUCUCGUUUUCCCGGUGAAAUGCAUCUCCAGCCAAUCAUUUGAGCUUAAUCAGUUUCAUGGGAAUAUGCAUUUAGAUCUUCUUGAAUGAUGUAGGCCUAACUAUGGUUUCUUGAGCGAAUGGGAGCAGAUGGUGGUAACAAAUAGCAUAGGCUUAUUGUACCUGGAUUUUGUUUCAAUCAAAGCACAUAUUUUGCCACUCAAUGUUGAGUUUUGGCCGCAUGAGAAAGAAAAAUGUGACCACUCAGCUUAUCAUCCUAAAAUCUCAUGAGAAAUGAAGUCGUGUUUUUUGAUCUAACAGUCAUGUUAUACUACGCUAUUCAGUUCUGUUAUAUAGAAUACUAAUAGAACAUUACUUUAAUUUUCAGACGUCGAUUCAGAUUUGAUCUAACUGUGGUAAACAGGCACCACUGUGAGAAGUGGCAGAGCAAUGCUCCGGUGCACUCUGGCAGCAUUACAACCCUGAUCUGCACCCUGCAAAAACAUCUCCUCAAAACAUUGUCACUUACCAUGGGGAUUCUGAAGGGCUGCAGAGUUCUGGACAAAACGAUGGACUGUGAGGAGCCAGACUCCCCUACCAUGGCUAUUAACGGGCUGGCACCGGAACACAUAGGGCUCUGUUCUUCACCCUGUCCGUUCAGCACCGCCAGGACUGCUCUCAGAGCCGUGACUGGCGUGGCACACGAGUCAAAGAUCUUAUAGCCCAGCGUGUGGUUGGGCAGCAGCUGCUCAUUCUGGUUGAUCUCCUCCACUGCCAGCCUCAUGGUCUGAGCCCAGCGGAACGCCCUCGGGUCAAACCUGAAUACACACACAGAGAGAGAGAGAGAGAGAGAGAGAGAGAGAGAGAGAGAGAGAGAGAGAGAGAGAGAGAGAGAGAGAGAGAGAGAGAGAGAGAGAGAGAGAGAGAGAGAGAGAGAGAGAGAGAGAGAGAGAGAGAGAGAGAGAGAGAGAGAAUGUAUCCCCGUUCCACUUCCACUGGUGGUCAGCCUGGUCUGAACAAUACAACUAGACAGAGAAAUAUGACCUCAAUGAAUGUGGCAACAAUCCCAGCACAGGACACGGUGUUAAGGGAUUAGGAGGAAAACACAGAAAAGGAGAGAAGAGGAAAAGCCAUUAGACUAGAGUUCACAGUAGGGGUCAAAGGCCCCCAAUGGGACGUGACAAUCAGAACCUAUCCACUACAUACUCUUGUUUUCUACAGUAGGACUUGAGCCACACAUCCAUGCCCCCUGUGACUCGGCUUACCCUUCACACUGUGCUGCCAGGGGCUGGUGGGUGUAGUCCGUCCCAGGCAGCUCCACCCGAUAGUGAAGGGGAAAGAUCCCCCCCAUCAUGAAGUCACCCUGGGCUGAAAACCCAGGCAGCUCAAAGGCCCCCUGCGGGGAGCAGGCAGGCUGGGUAGAGGUGGCUUCUGUCAGAGGGGAAAUAGAGACGGGGCAGUACAGGGACCACCACAGAAGAAGAGACAUCCUCAGACUGGUCCGAUAGAUGCAGAGAGAUCCUCCUGUUCAUAGACAAGCUGAUAUCCUCCCACACAGACUGGUCCAGUAUAGACGGACUGUUCAGGUUGUUCAGUUUUAUACUCCUUGGUCUCGUCAUCAUUUCAUCUGGUUUAAUUUGGUAUCUCCCUGGAUUUCACGUGAUCCUCACCCCUCCCUCCCAAACACUCACAGUGGCUUGGAGAAGCACACUGGGACUUUUAUGGUAGACAAUAUGUGUGAUAGGUAAUAAGAAUCCCACUCAAUAUAACACACUUCACAUUGUGUUUUAAGUGAUUGUAAUUUGUUUCAUGAUAUUUUAGUAGGAUGCCUAUACAAAGGUAUUUUGAAUCCCUUUCCUGCAUUCGAAUGACCAAAUCGCCCUUUAGUGGCCUCAUGGGUGGAAUGUUAGUAAUAUUCUUCCUAAUUUCCUAAUUAAUAAACAUUAUAUAUUUUAAAAUAAUAAUCUGGUGUUUCCAUGUCGAGCGGUUUUGUUAUAUUUCAGUCUUCUGUGAUGUACAGUACCAGUCAAAAGUUUAGACACACCUACUCAUUCCAGGGUUUUUCUUUAUUUUUACUAUUUUCUACAUUUUGUAGAAUAAUAGUGAAGACAUCAAAACUAUGAAAUAACACAUAUGGAAUCAUGUAGUGACCAAAAAAGUGUUAAACAAAUCAAAACUAAUUUUAGAUUUUAGAUUCUUUAAAGUAGCCACUCUUUGCCUUGAUGACAGCUUUGCACACUCUUUGCAUUCUCUUAACCAGCUUCACCUGGAAUGCUUUUCCAACAGUCUUGAAGGAGUUCACACAUAUGCUGAGCACUUGUUGGCUGCUUUACCUUCACUCUGCGGUCCAACUCAUCCCAAACCAUCUCACUUGGGUUGAGGUCGGGUGAUUGUGGAGGCCAGGUCAUCUGAUGCAGCACUCCAUCACGCUCCUUAUUGGUCAAAUAGCCCUUACACAGCCUGGAGGUGUGUUGGGUCAUUGUCUUGUUGAAAAACAAAUGAUAGUCCCACUAAGCGCAAACCAGAUGGGAUGGCGUAUCGCUGCAGAAUGCUGUGGUAGCCAUUCUGGUUAAGUGUGCCUUCAAUUCUAAAUUAACCACCAACAGUGUCACCAGCAAAGCACCAUCACACCUCCUCCUCCAUGCUUCGUGGUGGGAACCACACAUGCAGAGAUCAUCCAUUCACCUACUCUGUGUCUCACAAAGACACGGCGGUUGGAACCAAAACUCUCAAAUUUGGACUCAUCAGACCAAAGGACAGAUUUCCACCGGUCUAAUGUCCAUUGCUCGUGUUUCUUGGCCCAAGCAAGUCUCUUCUUCGUAUUGGUGUCCUUUAGUAGUGGUUUCUUUGCAGCAAUUCGAUCAUGAAGGCCUGAUUCACGCAGUCUCCUCUGAACAGUUGAUGUUUAGAUGUGUCUGUUACAUGUUAAUUGAAAUGCAUUCCAGGUGACUACCUCAUGAAGCUGGUUGAGAGAAUGCCAAGAGUGUGCAAAGCUGUCAUCAAGGCAAAGGGUGGCUACUUUGAAGAAUCUCAAAAAAAUGUUGGUUACUACAUGAUUCCAUAUGUGUUAUUUCAUAGUUUUGAUGUCUUCACUAUUAUUCUACAAUGUAGAAAAUAGUAAAAAUAAAGAAAUACCCUUGAAUGAGUAAAAGUGUCCAAACUUUUGACUGGUACUGUAUAUAAAUAAUGUGUGAUUUUGGGAUGCAAACUCAAAAUGUAAUACAUUUCAACUCUAUAUCUGACAUGGUACAGAUGUCUUCUUUUUUUUAAAUGACCAUAACCAUGUGUGUAAGGUGUAUAUUUUUGUUUCAAAGUAGAUUUGUUUAAGACUACCAAUGCACAUUUGUAAGCAUGGCUGUAUUCAUGUCCUCUUAUCUUUCAUUGAUGGACUGAUAGAAAUUGUGGUGACAUCACACACAGACGAUUCAACACAGCUUUGUUCUAAUGCAGUGCAUAUGCUGACACCUACUGUUGAGCAGGAAAUCUGGUACGUAAAUGUCUGAAAUCCACUUUGAUUAUGGGGUGAAUGAUCCCUUUAAAGCUAGAUUCCUUUGUUGCUACAUCUAUUUUUGGAAUUAAAUUAAUGAUAUAUACCCAUUGAUUCUAGAAGAACAUAACUUAUAAAUGCCUCAUGAGCUUAUUUCAACUGUCGUACCCCAUCAGAACACAAAAUAUAAACACAUUUUACUCCAAUGUUUGUAAAUAAUGUACAUGGAAACAAACACUGUAUAGCCAAACAAUAUGGUUAAAACUAUAAUGUUAAUAUCAUGGAUGGUCAGUCCUUGCAUCCAUAGCUCUGUCUAUGAAUUUGAGAGUGGUUACAUUUGACCAACACAGAGGUGGGGUAGGGGCUUUGUUAUUGUUACAACUACGGAUUCUAUCUUUAAGAUCCACUCAUUAGAGAACGCACUGCAAUAAAAAAAAAAAAAAAAGUAGGACUUUGUAUGCAGUGAUGUCAUCACAACCAGGUUUCCGGGGCCUAUAUAGGGAGCAAGCCUCCUACCCCACAGCCACACAAGUGGACUGGAAGCCCUGACUGAUCUCACAUCAUACAUCCACUCUCUGCCUGCCAUGGCACACCUCUCUGCAAGACUCCUGCUGCUGGGGCUUCUCCUGUGGACCACCAGGGUUCGCUCUGCCACAGCCCAGGAAGGGUGCACUUUCCUGGGGGAAGAGGAGAUGAGCAGCUUCUAUCAGGAGGGAGAUGUGGUUCUUGGGGGCUUGUUCCCUCUCCACUAUAGUCCUGUGUCCUCUGUGACAUCAUUUCAGUGGGAACCGCAACAGACUACAUAUGAAUAGUAAGUGAUGAGAAAUGAAGAAUGUUUUCUGUCUGUCUGUCUCUUUCUCUCUCCACGUGCAUUGAUUCUAAGCCACUUGCUAUCCUCUUCCCUGCAGUUUCAGUUCCAGGGCCCUGCGCUGGAUGCAGACCAUGAUGUUUGCAGUGAGAGAGAUCAACCAACGAAAGGACCUGCUCCCACACCUGACACUGGGGUUCCACAUCCGGGACAGCUGUGACCACGUGCCUGUGUCCCUGAGAGGCUCUCUGCUGCUGGUCAACGGGCAGCCCGACAGGGGAGCAGGCUCCAGGGGUGCAGGUCAGGGUCCAGGCUCGGACUGUGCUGCUGUACGCAGGGCCGAGUCCCCUGUUAUCAUAGGAGACGCCGCCUCUGGGGUGUCUAUGGCUGUGCUCAGAACUCUGGGCUCCUUUCACAUACCCCUGGUGAGACUACCUGUGGCCUACCUAGGGUUACGUACAUUGUGCUUUUAUCAUUGUGUAAUCAUCUUCUUAUAGUUGAUAAAUGGCUUUUGAUGGAGGUAGGGCCUUGGUAAAAGUAAGACUCAUAAUAGUAGCCGAAAUGGAAAUACCCUUAAAAUAUAGACGGCUUGACGCUACUACAUUUACAUUUCAGAUUCUUACUGUAAAUACUGUUACUUUGACAGGAGGCAUACUAUUUCAUAACUUAAGACUACAUUCGAAAUUCUAUACAUUUUGUCAUGGAAUUGCUUUCCUUGACUGCUAUAUGAAAAUGAAGGGCUAUAUGCAAUGCUUGAGUACAUCUUACGGAGUGGACCUUUAACCUGCUGUUCUCUCUGCUUUGGACUGGCUUGUAGAUCAUAAUACACAGAUAAGGGAUCUUUUAAUUUGAUCACUCUUUUGUUGCUGAGAAUUGUCCUGCAGCGUAGGAAGUACAGAUGAGCUUUGUGAUUUACAUAAAUUCACUGAAAACCCACGUUAACACACGGUUAUAUUAACAGUGUUGCACUUUUCAUGUGGGCUAAUUUGGGACAUCUAAUAGCCUGACUGCAGAUCAAGCAACAUUAUGGACUAAACGUUGAAAUCCUGUUGCUGCAGGAUUCUUUUGCUGUGACAAUACUAGUCAAAUUAAGAUCCCACAUCUGUACUGUAUUUUUACUUUGGCAGGAAACAUGUUAUUUCAUAUCUUCAAAUGUUUAUUUUUUAUUUUUAUCAUGACAUUGAGUACAGAUAUAUCGUAAAUAUUAAAAGCUCUAUGCAAUGCUUGAGGACAUCUUGCAGAGUGAACUUUGAACCUGCUGUUCCCUCUUCUUUCAGGUGAGCUACUUUGCGUCCUGCAGCUGUCUGAGUGACCAGAAGCAGUUCCCUACGUUCAUGCGCACCAUGCCCAGUGAUGCCUUUCAGAUACGCGCCCUAGCUCGCCUGGUACGCUACUUCCACUGGACCUGGGUGGGCGUCAUCGGCGUGGAGUCUGACUAUGCCCGCUUUGCCAUCCAGUUGUUUCUACAGGAGUCCGUCCAGUAUGGUGUGUGUGCUGCCUACGUCCACUUCUACCCAGUGGUCCUUACCCAGCAGGCUGUGGGGCGGCUGGUGGACACUAUCCAGGUGAGUAAAGAAAUAAAACUUAGGAGGUCUUAAAAGUACAUGAUUAUACAUUUUUGUUAUUAUUGUCAUUGUUACCCAGGGCUCAUCCUCCCGAGUCCUCCUGAAUUUCUCUGGUGAGUCGGAGCUUCGGAGUAUCCUCAGGGAGUGUCUGCAGCGGAAUGUCACAGGGCUGCAGCUGAUUGCCAGCGAGGCCUGGGCCACCUCCAAGUCCCUGUGGGGAGAGUUCGGAGAUCUCCUGACGGGAACGCUGGGAUUUGGGAUACGGAAGGCUGAUGUUAUUCCCGGGCUCAAAGACUUUCUGACCAGACUAGGACCGUCCCACGGACGUCAGUCGGCUUUCCUGGCAGAGUUCUGGGAAGAGACGUUCAACUGUAGAGUGAACGGAUCCUUAAACACCCACUCUCACUCUGCCAGUUACCUGGACAGAGAGCCCUGUAGCGGAAGAGAGGUCCUGGGGGAUGUGUACACACCCUAUGCUGAUGUGAGCCAGCUCAGAGUGUCCUAUAACGUGUACAAGGCUGUGUAUCUCAUCGCCCACGCCCUGCAGCAUAUGACCAACUGUGUGGCUGGCCAGGGGCCUUUUAUCAAUGGCACCUGUGGGGACCCAAUGCAUGUUAAACCGUGGCAAGUGAGUCUAUAGCUGAAGAUACUCUGCUCAGUGUUGCUGAAUAGAUAUCAAUGCCUGUUUCUCAUUCACACGCAUGCAGAUACACAAAACACACACCAGUAGGUGGAGUAGAGUGUAUCGUUUCUUGUCUCACCCUCUCCACUCCUCUCUCCCCAGCUACUACAUUACAUGAAGCAGGCGAAGUUUUCCACACUCGGGGAGGAGGUCAGCUUUGACCACAACGGUGACCCCAUCGCUUCCUAUGACCUCAUGAACUGGCAGAGGGGGCAUGAUGGCUCCCUGCGAUUAGUCAAAGUGGGGUUCUAUGACGCCUCAUUGGCCGAUGGCCUAGAACUGGUCAUAAAUGACUCAGCGAUUCAGUGGCCUGUGGGAAAGCAGGUGUGGCCUAUAUCACAGUCUAGGUGCUUGGUUCUACGUUUACUUCUCAGUCUGUUCUUUGUUGUCUUCUUAACGUCACUGGAGAAUAUCAAGUUGGCAUUUUAUAAACUACAUUUGGCUAGUUUGAAAAGCGUUCUGAAACACUUUCCCUGCACACCCCUUAUUACAUGCAAUCAGUAUAUCUGAGUGGUGCCACUGCCUCUGCCCCCCAGGCAACUCGCUCAGUGUGCAGUGACAGCUGUCCCCCAGGCACCCGUGUAGCCAGGAAGAAGGGGGAGCCUGUCUGCUGCUUCGACUGCAUCCCCUGUGCUGAGGGGGAGGUCAGCAAUCAAACUGGUGUGUUUUCCCUCAUAUCCCUCCUUUCUCACCAGUCAUUGGUCAGAACUAAAGAACAGUGUUGCCAUUCCCUAUUUUCUCUCUCCUCUCUGUCAGAUUCUUUAAACUGCAUACGCUGCUCUGACGUCACAUGGCCAGACGAGGCCAGAGACCGCUGUGUUCCAAAGACCAUAGAGUUCCUGUCCUAUCAGGAGUCCAUGGGUAUCGUCCUGAGUGUGGUAUCCAUUCUUGGGGCCGGUGCCUCACUCACUGUCUUGGCAGUGUUCGUUGCCAACCGACACACUCCCAUCGUCCGCGGCAACAACAUGGAGCUGAGCUUCCUUCUCCUCCUCUUCCUUUCCGUCUGCUUCCUGAUUGGCUUGUUGUUCAUCGGGGAGCCGUCUGAUUGGCUGUGCCGGAUCCGAUACCCAGCGUUCGGGGUGAGCUUUGCCCUCUGCAUCUCCUGCCUCCUGGCCAAGACCAUGGUGGUCCUCAUGGCCUUCAGGGCCACCCUGCCACGAAAUGAUGUCAUGAAGUGGUUCGGCCCUGCCCAGCAGAGAGCCAGUGUUGUGUUGUGCACCGCCGUCCAGGUACAAAUCUGAUCUUGUUGCUUUUGUUUUCAUUGACUUCUACCUCUAAGGCUACGUUAACACAGCCAGCCAGCCUUUUGACCAAUCAGAUCUGAUCUUUUGCCAAUAACUGGGCAAAAGAUCAGAUCUGGGCUGCCUGACUUAACGCAGUAAAAGACACUAAAAUUAAUCAGACUAAUGAAUCACUUGAUCAAUAUUAACACUGAUAUGGUUCCCUCUGCCCAACAGGGAUUGAUCUGUCUCAUCUGGCUGCUGACCAGACCUCCCUACACCAACCUCAACACAGGCCACCUCAGCUCUGUCAUCAUCAUAGACUGUGCCAUGGGGUCAGAAGUCGCCUUCUGGUGCGUUCUGGGAUACAUCGGCCUCUUGGGAUGUCUGUGCUUCAUCCUGGCAUUUCUGGCCCGGAAACUGCCGGACAACUUCAACGAGGCCAAGUUCAUCACCUUCAGCAUGCUGAUCUUCUUUGCUGUGUGGAUCACCUUUAUCCCUGUGUAUGUGAGCACAGCAGGGAAGUACACUGUGGCCGUCCAUAUCUUUGCCAUUCUAGCCUCUGCCUUUGGCCUCCUUGUCUGUAUAUUUGCCCCUAAGUGCUACAUUGUGAUGCUGAGACCAGAAAAAAACAGUAGGAAACACAUGAUGCUCAAAGGAUAAUAGAUUUUUAUGUGAUGAUUCCUGAUCAGCAUGUUUAAUUUAUUAGUUUAUAAUGCAUUCAUCACUGAGUUUAUGUGCAAUAUUGACCAUGUAUAAUAUGUUAAAUAUGUAUCUUAGGUUAGGAAGAAGUUGCAUAACAUUGUAUGAAAUUGAAUAAAUGUACACAUGUGCUCUUUAUUCUGAAAUAAAACCAGACACACUUAAUGAGAUUUUAUGAUGUGUUAUUUAUUAGCAUUUGACUUAACUGCAGACAUCUUGGUAAAACAAGUAUAUAUUGGAAUAAAACAAGCAGUACAUAGAAGGCUGAUUAUGAGUCAUUAAUGGUAAUGUGAUAAAUCACCUUCCAUAGAAAUGUGAUAAAUCACCUUCCAUAGAUUUGCUUGGCAGUAGCAGCACUCAGCGAUCCGAGAAGACAUUUCUUUACACUGCUAGCUACAUGAAAGCAAAGAUAAUAAUAAUAAAAAAAGAUAAUCAAGGCAGACAUACUUUUGAUUUUAAUAACCAUAGCUAAGUACAUCACUGGCGUUUGUUAGAAUUCUUCCCCAUGACAUAUUUUAUGCUGUUUUCCUCUGGUUUUAUAAAAAUUAUGUAACAUUUUGGAGCAAAAAAUACAAAUCAACAACGCAAAGGCAGAAGACAAAAUAGCAAAUAUCUCCACAGCUACGGUGAACUUCCCAGGAGAGCUGACAUAAACUGGGAUAAAGGUGAUCCAGACUGCACAGAAUAUGAGCAUACUGAAGCUGAUGAAUUUGGCUUCAUUGAAGUUAUCAGGCAGCUUUCGAGCCAGAAAAGCCAGAACCAAGCAUAUCCCUAAAAUUAUACCUAUAUAUCCCAACACUGCAUAGAACGCAGCCUCUGAACCAGUAUUACAUUCUAGAACGAUCUUCCUAUGACUAUCUCUGAAGUCCCUGUAUGGGACCCCGUGUGGUCCUCUGUAGCUCAAUUGGUAGAGCAUGGCGCUUGUAAUGCCAGGGUAGUGGGUUCAACCCCGGGACCACCCAUACGUAAAAAUGUAUGCACACAUGACUGUAAGUCGCUUUGGAUAAAAGCGUCUGCUAAAUGGCAUAUUAUUAUUGAUAAGGUGGUUUCAGGUUUAGCCAGAGCACACGGAUAAAUAUCUGAACCACCGUGCAGGAGCCAUGGAUUACAGGCAACAUCCACACUGAGCUAAAGGGUAGAGCUGCUGCUUUCAAGGAGCGGGACUCUAACCCGGACGCUUCUAAGAAAUCCCGCUAUGCCCUCUGACGAACCAUCAAACAGGCAAAGCGUCAAUACAGCACUAAGAUUGAAUCGUACUACACCGGCUCUGACGCUCGACGGAUGUGGCAGGGCUUGCAAACUAUUACAGACUACAAAAGGAAGCACAGCUGCCAGCUGCCCAGUGACACGAGCCUACCAGACGAGCUAAAUAACUUCUAUGCUUGCUUCGAUGCAAGCAACACUGAAGCAUGCAUGAGAGCAUCAGAUGUUCCGGAUGACUAUGUGAUCACGCUCUCCGUAGCCGAUGUGAGUAAGACCUUUAAACAGGUCAACAUUCACAAGGCCGCAGUGCCAGACGGAUUAACAGGACGUGUACUCCGAGCAUGCGCUGACCAACUGGCAAGUGUCUUCACUGAAAUUUUCAAGCUGUCCCUGACUGAUUCUGUAAUACCAACAUGUUUCAAGCAGACCACCAUAGUCCCUGUGCCUAAGAACACUAAGGUAUCCUGCCUAAAUGACUACCAACCCGUAGCACUCACGUCUGUAGCCAUGAUGUGCUUUGAAAGGCUGGUCAUGGCUCACAUCAACACCAUUAUCCCAGAAACCCCAGACCCAUUGCAAUUUGCAUACCGCCCCAACAGAUCCACAGAUGAUGCAAUCUCUAUUGCACUCCACACUGCCCUUUCCCACCCGGACAAAAGGAACACCUACAUGAGAAUGCUAUUCAUUGACUACAGCUCAGCGUUCAACACCAUAGUGCCCUCAAUGCUCAUCACUAAGCUAUGGACUCUGGGACUAAACACCUCCCUCUGCAACUGGAUCCUGGACUUCCUGACGGGCCACCCCCAGGUGGUAAGGGUAGGUAACAAAACAUCUGACACGCUGAUCCUCAACACGGGGGCCCCUCAGGGGUGCGUGCUCAGUCCCCUCCUGUACUCCCUGUUCACCCAUGACUACAUGGCCAGGCACAAUUCCAACACCAUCAUUAUGUUUGCCGACGACACAACGGUGUUAGGCCUGAUCACCGACAAUGAUGAGACAGCCUAUAGGGAGGAGGUCAGAGACCUGGCCGUGUGGUGCCAGGAUAACAACCUCUCCCUCAACAUGAUCAAGACAAAGGAGAUGAUGAGGACCGAGCACGCCCCCAUUCUCAUCGACAGGGCUGUAUUGGAGCAGGUUGAGCUUCAAGUUCCUUGGUGUCCACAUCACCAACAAACUAUCAUGGUCCAAACACACCAAGACAGUCGUGAAGAGGGCACGACAAAGCCUAUUCCCCCUCAGGAGACUGAAAAGAUUUGACAUGGGUCCCCAGAUCCUCAAAAAGUUAUACAGCUGCACCAUCGAGAGCAUCCUGACUGGUUGCAUCAUUGACUGGUAUGGCAGCUGCUCGGCCUCCGACCGCAAGGCACUACAGAGGGUAGUGCGUAUGGCCCAGUACAUCACUGGGGCCAAGCUUCCUGCCAUCCAGGACCUCUAUACCAGGCGGUGACAGAGGAAGGCCCUCAAAAUGGUCAAAGACUCCAGCCACCCUAGUCAUAGACUGUUCUCUCUGCUACCGCACGGCAAGCGGUGCCGGAGUGCCAAGUCUAGGUCCAAAAGGCUUCUUAACAGCUUCUACCCCCAAGCCUUAAGACUCCUGAAAUGCUAAUUAAAUGGCUACCCGGACUAUUUGCAUAGUUUUUUAUUUAUUUCACCUUUACAACUGCGACCAGGCCAAGAUAAAGCAAAGCAGUGCGAUCUGAUUUGUUGUAGCCCAGAUAUAACAAUUGUAUUGUCUAAAAACCUAGGCCUAAUGAAUAGUGGAGCUUUGUGUGCCCGGGGACUACAGAGCACAUCCUGGAAGAACGCACUACAGAUAUGCCAUUUCAUAAUCUGUUAAUACAUUUUUAUUGCAAAUAUUUAGCCUAUAUCCCUAAUAUUUAGCUAAUGAGUGGCCUAAUAUCUAGCUAAUAUUUAGCUUCUUACUUCGGCUACACAUCACUAGCCUCUCUCUUCCAGCUGUUCCAGUGUGCAACAGGCUGUAGGCUACACAAGCCUCUCCGAAAUAGCCUCUCCGAAACAGUCAUCUUCUCGUGAAAUCCCAGGAAAAGCUAUAGGCUACAAACGCUACAGGACAUAUUUAUUCAUUUAUUAUUUUGAUAAUUUUUUAUACUAGACCUAAUAGCCUAUUAGGGGAAAGAAGCAGGCUUGCUCUUGCUAAUUGCUGAAUUUAAAACAGACCUACAGCAGCGUGGAAGAUGCAUGUCUGGGAAAGUUGAGGAGAGAAUGUGCAUUGGUGUGAUCACUUUUGGCCGGUUAUAUCAUUGCUGCACUGAUGCAUUGCAAAUAGUUGCACGGGACAAAACCGUGAUGAGCACAGUGAAAAAGAAGACCCAUAGGAAUUGACAACCAUUAGAAAAAAUUGAAAUCACUUGCAAACAACUUUAGCAACGAGGCAAUGGCAUGCUUGCCGUAAAAGAUGUGCAGGCUAUACGGCAUUUGUUGUUGAAUUGCUGCAUUUAAAUAUGAUUUAUUAUGUUGUAAUGAAACAGGCAUGGAGCAGGUCUCGAACCCUCAACCUUCUGGCCCGAAGUCCAGCUUGCCAUCGACUGUGCCCCAAAAACAUGCUCACGUGGCAGAGUCGAUAUCCUCGCUUAUAAACCGCAAUAAGUUAUAAAUAAACCGUUGUAACCGGGUCGUUACAAUAUUAUUUUUCAUUAGGCCUACAUGUACAUUUAAGUAUAAUUUCCAGUUGUCACUAUGACAAUGAACACACCCUGAAAGCACUGAAUGGUCUGAACCAGUACGUCAGAGACCUCAUGAAUGAAAAGGUCAUUCUUGUGUUACCGCUUUAUUAAAUAGGCAGUGUGCAGUAGGGUGCGUUGGUCAGUUGAUUGACAGGUGUAGGACUGUGGAAGCUUUCCUCUAGUGUGACUGCUCACCAACGGUUUAUAUUUCCAGUGUAGACUAUAGCUUGUCAUCAUAGUUAUCGUUAUAGUUAUUGGCUUGGCGGAUGGCCCUGCCUUAAUUAACUCUACCUCAACACAACUAACGUUAUUAUCACAACAGAACUAGCCUACUAGUAGGUCUAGCUAACUUGAAUGAAAUAAAUAUCAGAUUACACUUAAACAUUUUUUCAUUUGACAUUUUAGUAAUUUAGCAGACGCUCUUAUCCAGAGCGACUUACAGUUAGUGAGUGCAUACAUUAUUUUUUAAAUUAUUUUAUACUGGCCCCCCGUGGGAAUUGAACCCACAACCCUGGCGUUGCAAACGCCAUGCUCUACCAACCGAGCUACAUCCCUGCCGGCCAUUCCCUCCCCUACCCUGGACGACGCUGGGCCAAUUGUGCGCCGCCCCAUGGGUCUCCCGGUCGCGGCCGGCUACGACGGCCGGCUACACUUAUAUUGUUUACUUGACUGUUAUAUUCUAUGAAUUGACUCUUUCAAAUAAUUUACUAUAUCAAGUUUGCCACCAGCAAGCUGCAGUAGGGAAGUAAAGCGGAAGUCGAAUCCAUCACUUCCGUUGUUUGGCUGUGCCCAUAGCAACGUUCGAAAGUUAGGUGGAUACCUACAGUAUUUAAGCAAUAAGGCCUGAGGGGUGUGGUUUAUGGCCAACGUACCACAGCUAAGGGCUGUUCUUAAGCACGACGCGAUGCGGAGUGCCUGAAUACAGCCCUUAGCCGUGGUAUAUUGGCAAUAUACCACAAACCCCUGAGGUGCCUUAUUGCUAUUAUAAAUUGGUUACCAAAGUAAUUAGAGCAGUACAAAUAAACGUUUUGUCAUACCCGUGGUAUACUGUCUGAUACACCACGGCUUUCAGCCAAUCAGCAUUCAGGGCUCUAACCACCCAGUUUAUAAUAUGUGUUAUACCAUGGCAUUGUUGAACACUCAUUUCUGAUUGGCUUGAAGGGCUUUCUAGACCGUGCAUUUUUCCCCCGCACCAAGCCAGUGGUGCGUAUUCCCAUUCCAGCCCGGCCUGUUCCUGUCCCUCGCACCAAGCCAGUGGUGCGCAUCGCCAGCCCGGUCCGGCCUGUUCCUGCCCCUCGCACCAAACCAGUGGUGCGCGUCGCCAGCCCGGUCCGGCCUGUUCCUGCCCCUCGCACCAAGUGGUGAGAGAAAGUGGUGGUUACGCCCGGAGCCGGAUCCGCCUCUGAAGCGGAAUGCCCACCCGGCCCCUACCCUGUUAUGUUUAUGGGGCGCGGUCAGAGUCCGCACCUUUGGGGGGGGUACUGUCACGCCCUGACUCUGGGGACUCUUAAAUGUUGAGCCAGGGUGUGUAGUUUCUAUGUUUAGUUUUCUAUGUUGAGUGUCUAGAUCGUGUAGAUCCAUGUUGGCCAGGGUGGUUCCCAAUCAGAGGCAGCUGUAGCUCGUUGUCUCUGAUUGGGGACCAUACUUAGGCAGCCUUAUGGCACCAGUCUGUGUGGGAUCUUGUUCCGUAUAGGUAUGUUAUUAGUCUACCUUGGACUUCACGUAUCGUUUGUUUGUUGUUUUGUUCGUGUUCAGUACGUUAAUAAAUAUGUACGCUUAUCACGCUGCGCCUUGGUCAGUCUCAUCCGUAAACGAUCGUGACAGUCGAAUUGAAAUCAUUAUUGGCAUUGUUGAAUUCAAUUUUCAUAAUAGCAAGCCAGGACUGAUGGUUUGGUUAGCUAGCAAGUCUGUUUGUUUGGUUACCAAGGCAACUACUGUAGCUAUCUCAUAAACUUGCUAGCUACUUCAGUGGAUGUUGAACACAUUCCUAGUGUCAAAUGUGUUAAAUUAUAGCCAUGGUAUAAAAGGGAUGAUCAACGAGGGGCUCUGCGUUCUCUGGAAAAUAAUGCAACUCCAUAGAAGGUUAGUUCCACUCCGCUAGCGUGUCGUGGAACACACCUUCCACGUUGGUCAUUAUUUUCCAUAGAACGCAGAGCCCCUCAUUGAUUAUCCCUUACAUUUUCCAGUCUGUUGACUGUAAGCCUACCUGUUGAUAUUCCAGUGUGUGGGCUGUAAGCCUACCUGUUGAUAUUUCAGUGUAUUGACUGUAAGCCUACCUGUUGAUAUUUCAGUGUGUUGACUGUAAGCCUACCUGUUGAUAUUUCAGUGUGUUGACUGUAAGCCUACCUGUUGAUAUUCCAGUGUGUGGACUGUAGGCAUACCUGUUUGUUUUGGCUAUUGUCUCAUCAGCACAGGGGAUGCAAUCAAAAACAGCAGACAGCUUUUCCUUUGA